AUGGAAAAUGCGAACCUAACUUCGCAUCCUGGCUUCAGCAACGACAAGUAUUCUAUCCUCGUCAUUGUCGGUGAACAUAGUGGGACUGGAUUUGUGGACUACAUGGUUGCGGAGAUAAAGAGAGGUAAUGUGGCCCAAUGUUGACUGAAUUAGCGCCAGCCCGCGCUUCCACCUCCUGAUUUGGCUCGAGCUAGCGCGGUUAGUACAGCUAACGUCGCAUACUGUAGUACUGCACCUUCAAGUAUAUUUAGUCAACAAAUGGUUCUAAUUGCAAAUCAACACACAAAUCAGCCAAUUGCCACACAAAUAUCCCACUAGUCUCGUGAAUUUAUGCAAGUAUUUUCCACGACGAAAUACAACGUCAAAGAUGAUGCCACAUGCAACCCCCGUUUGUAGUAGACAUUAAAUAGAAAGAUAAGGAUAGAAGAAGCCAGCAAGAGAUAUAAUAGCAAGAAGGAUGUUGGAUCUCCUGGCAUAGGGCAUCUGCAUGGUGUGUUAGUGUAAGUUCACAAAACAAAAUGGGCAAUAUUAAUAACGUGGUAUGGUUGAAUGAAUCAUAUUAACAAUAUGUCAAUAUUAUAGUGUAUUAAUUUAGUAUACACAGACAGUUAUUUUACUUCAAAUCUGAUUUACCAGUUGAUCACGAGCUUCGGAUGAUCUUUCCUGAUCACAGGCAAAUCGUGAAAUUAGGCCAGCUGUCAAUCAGACCAUAAACUAGACAGCUAGGUUAGCAACUGAAGUUUACAUUUUGCCUGACCAUUUUAAAUAGUUUAAUGUUAAGAGACCAAGUAAUGCAAUGGUAUGGUUUAACACUUGCUCUAUAAUGAUUAGUUAAGAAAUGUACAUCCUAAAUACUUUCUACAAUAUAUCCGAAUCCAUAUUUUGUGUAAAUUAUCAUUCAUUCAUUCAUUUAUUUACAUUUUUUAACACAUUUCAGCACUGCAUAAAGUUUUUUAACACCCAUUUCACAGUAAUCAUUCUGGGAUUCAAAUGUCAGACAUGUCCCAAACCCUUCCUCCAAAUUACAAGGCUUCAUUUUUUGUUACCUUACCAAGAAUGACUCAGUAUGAUGUGCAGGUGGUCACCAGAGUUCUAAUUAUUGGCUAUGAUAACCUUAUUAUUGAAGCAUAUUCUGAAGUUUUACUAUACUGUUUUGUUACCAGCAUAUAAAGCUUGGGCAGCUAAGCUGAAUUUUGUCUUCUCUUCUCUGUCUGUACACCAUAAAAUAUUGUUCUUGCAACAGUCUUGAUGACUGCAAGUGCCUUUGAGUGAACUAACUUAACUGUGCACUUCUAUCAUGAGUCGCAUUUAUUUCAAUGACAUGAUUAUAUGACAUGAUGCAGAGUUGCCUCGGGUGUCUGGUAGUGGGCAGGGGCUCCAGUUUGUGUGUGGAAUUUGCUUGGCUGAUAGUGUUGAGAAAUCCAAUAGCUGUCAUUUCCCCCCUCUGAUUAGCUGAGGGAUGCUGUUUUAUGCUGAGCUCAUCUUCUACAGACGAGCAUUACUAGCCACACUGCAGAUCACUCUUUCAUCCAAUGACAACAAGCCAAUGGAAGGGCUCAACAUUUGUACCCUCUGCUCUAUCUAAGGAGCCAAAUAGCUUUUGCCUCACUUUCCAAGGACAUUGCUCCAGAGAAAGGUGCAGAUGUUUGUUUAGUAAACACAGCGUUAAACACAUUGAGCAGGCGAAUACAUUUUAGAUUACAUUUAGCCUACGUUGUAUCUUGCUCAUCCCUUUAAGACGGCUUGUCUUGGAGGAAGGUUUAUCUUGGCUUGCAUCCAUAAGAUGCACUGUGUUUAAUGACUUCAGUCUGGUUCCAAGAUGCCACUGUGCUGGACUUCUGGAGGUUUCUCACCGUGGAGGGACUCCACUGUGCACUGACUGCUCCAGGGUCAAGACGGGAUCAUUGUAAAGGUCUGGCCUCUCGAGACCACUCAAGACCUCAGGAUCCUCUAGUCUCACACUAAAUCAUCAUAGUGUGUGUGAGUGCACAGAGCAGCACAGAAAUGGUGGGGCAUUUUCCCCAAGCUUGUAAAGGUUUUUUGUAAGGGUGCCUUCUUCUUGCUGUUUGUUUUAGUUUAAUUACUAACAUACAGCCCUGUGCAUCUGUCAGGGUGUUGCCUUAAUAGCUCUGACUAGUAGAAAGAAACAGUUUGCGGUGAGCUUAAAACACUCCAAAGACAGGGUCAUUCACAAAGAUUGUUUGUCACUUGCUUGUAGCUGAUUUUUUCCCCACUCAUGCUUCAAUGAAUAGCAGGAAAUGGUAUUUCCAAAUAACAUCAACAUCCUGAUUUGUGUGUCACCCCUGUGUAGCGUUACACAGUUAAUGGAAGCAUAUGAGAUUUUUAUUGCCUCCGGCUACUUAGAAAAUGAGUAACAAAUCAAAUGGUGAUGAGUGAUUCCUCACGAAACACAGACAAAAAAAUACCAUGAUUUGGGGGAUUUUCACAAAAUGUAAUCCAUAGAAUAGUCCUUUGGCGGAAGGAUUGUUGACAUAUACAGUACAUUUGGAAAGUAUUCAGACCCCUUCCCUUUUUCCACAUUUUGUUACGUUACAGCCUUAUUCUAAAAUUGAUUACAUGUAUUUUUUCCUUCAUCAAUCUACACACAAUACCCUAUAAUGAUAAAGUGAAAGCAGGUUUUUAGAAAGUUUUGCAAAUGUAUUAGAUAUUAAAAACAAAAAUACCUUAUUUACAUAAGUAUUCAGCCCCUUUGCUAUGAGACUCGAAAUUGAGCUCAGGUGCAUCCUGUUUCCAUUGAUCAUCCUUGAUGUUUCUACAACUUGAUUGGAGUCCACCUGUGGUAAAUUCAAUUGAUUGGACAUGAUUUGGAAAGGCACAUACCUGUCUAUAUAAGGUCCCACAGUUGACAGUGCAUGUCAGAGCAAAAACCAAGCCAUGUGGUCGAAGGAAUUGUCCGUAGAGCUCCGAGACAGGAUUGUGUCGAGGCACAGAUCUGGGGAAGGGUACCAAAACAUUUCUGCAGCAUUGACGGUCCCCAAGAACACAGUGGCCUCCAUCAUUCUUAAAUGGAAGAAGAUUGGAACCACCAAGACUCUUCCUAGAGCUGGUCGACCGGACAAACUGAGCAAUCGAGGGAGAAGGGCAUUGGUCAGGGAGGUGACCAAGAACCCGAUGGUAACAUUUACAUUUACGUCAUUUAGCAGACGCUCUUAUCCAGAGCGACAUACAAAUUGGUGCAUUCACCCUAUAGCCAGUGGGAUAACCACUUCACAAUUAUUAUUAUUUAUUUUUUUUGGUAGAAGGAUUACUUUAUCCUAUCCCAGGUAUUCCUUAAAGAGGUGGGGUUUCAAAUGUCUCCGGAAGGUGGUAACACUGACAGAGCUCCAGAGUUCCUCUGUGGAGAUGGGAGAACCUUCCAGAAGGACAACCAUCUCUGCAGCACUCCACCAAUCAGGCCUUUUAUGGUAGAGUGGCCAGAUGGAAGCCACUCUUCAGUAAAAGGCACAUGACAGCCCGCUUGGAGUCUGCCAAAAGGCACCUAAAGGACUCUCAGACCAUGAGAAACAAGAUUCUCUGGUCUGAUGAAACCAAUAUUGAAGUCUUUGGCCUGAAUGCCAAUCGUCAGGUCUGGAGUAAACCUGGCACCAUCCCUACGGUGAAGAAUGGUGGUGGCAGAAUCAUGCUGUGGGGAUGUUUUCAGCGGCAGGGACUGGGAGACUAGUCAGGAUCGAGGGAAAGAUGAACAGAGCAAAGUACAGAUAUCCUUGAUGAAAGUGCUCAGGACCUCAGACUGGGGCAAAGGUUCACCUUCCAACAGGACAAUGACGCUAAGCACACAGCUAAGACAACGCAGGAGUGGCUUCGGGACAAGUCUCUGAAUGUCCUUGAGUGGCCCAGCCAGAGCCCGGACUUGAACCCGAUCGAAGAUCUCUGGAGAGACCUGAAAAUAGCUGUGCAGCGACGCUCCCCAUCCAACCUGACAGAGCUUGAGAGGAUCUGCAGAGAAGAAUGGGACAAACUUCCCAAAUACAGGUGUGCCAAGCUUGUAGCGUCAUACCCAAGAAGACUCAAGGCUGUAAUCGCUGCCAAAGGUGCUUCAACAAAGUUCUGAUUAAAGGGUCUGAAUACUUACUUGUUUCAAAAAAGUAUAAAAUAUAAAUAACAGAAAAGUGGUGCGUGCAUAUGUAUUCACCCCCUUUGCUAUGAAGCCCCUAAAUUAGAUCUGGUGCAACCAAUUACCUUCAGAAGUCACAUAAUUAGUUGAAUAAAGUCCACCUGUGUGCAAUCUAAGUGUCACAUGAUCUCAGUAUAUAUACACCUGUUCUGAAAGGCCCCAGAGUCUGCAACACCACGAAGCACCACCAAGCAAGCAGCACCAUGAAGACCAAGGAGCUCUCCAAACAGAUCAGGGACAAAGUUGUGGAGAAGUACAGAUCAGGGUUGGAUUACAAAAAAAUAUCUGAAACUUUGAACAUCCCACGGAGCACCAUUAAAUCCAUUAUUAAAAAAUGGAAAGAAUAUGGCACCACAACAAACCUGCCAAAAGAGGGCCGGCCACCAAAACUCACGGACCAGGCAAGGAGGGCAUUAAUCAGAGAGGCAACAAAGAGACCAAAGAUAUCCCUGAAGGAGCUGCAAAGCUCCACAGUGGCGAUUGGAGUAUCUGUCCAUAGGACCACUAUAAUAAUAAAUAAUAUGCCAUUUAGCAGACGCUUUUAUCCAAAGCGACUUACAGUCAUGCGUGCAUACAUUAUUUUAUUUUUUUGUGUAUGGGUGGUCCCGGGGAUCGAACCCACUACCUUGGCGUUACAAGCGCCGUGCUCUACCAGCUGAGCUACAGAGGACCACUAUAAGCCGUACACUCCACAGAGCUGGGCUUUACGGAUGAGUGGGCAGAAAAAAGCCAUUGCUUAACGAAAAAAAUAAGCAAACACGUUUGGUGUUCGCCAAAAGACAUGUGGGAGACUCCCCAAACAUAUGGAAGAAGGUAAUCUGGUCAGAUGACACUAAAAUUGAGCUUUUUGGCCAUCAAGGAAAACUCUGUCUGGCGCAAACCCAACACCUCUCAUCACCCCGAGAACACCAUCAUGCUGUGGGGAUGUUUUUCAUCGGCAGGGACUGGGAAACUGGUCAGAAUUGAAGGAAUGAUGGAUGGCGCUAAAUACAGGGAAAUUCUUGAGGGAAACCUGUUUCAGUCUUCCAGAGAUUUGAGACUGGGACGGAGGUUCACCUUCCAGCAGGACAAUGACCCAAAGCAUACUGCUAAAGCAACACUCGAGUGGUUUAAGGGGAAACAUUUAAAUGUCUUGGAAUGGCCUAGUCAAAGCCCAGACCUCAAUCCAAUUGAGAAUCUGUGGUAUGACUUAAAGAUUGCUGUACACCAGCGGAACCCAUCCAACUUGAAGGAGCUGGAGCAGUUUUGCCUUGAAGAAUGGGCAAAAAUCCCAGUGGCUAGAUGUGCCAAGCUUAUAGAGACAUACCCCAAGACACUUGCAGCUGUAAUUGCUGCAAAAGGUGGCUCUACAAAGUAUUGACUUUGGAGGAGGAACUUCUGGAUGCAAUUAAAGACUUUAAUUCCGGGAAAACUCCAGUGUUGGAUGGCAUACCAGUCGAGGUAUACCAAACCUUUUUUGAUAUACUAAGAGGACCGUUAUUAGCAUGUUUUAACCACUCCUAUCUAAAUGGUAGAUUAUCUGACACUCAAGAAGGACUGAUCUCAUUAUUACUGAAACAGGAUACAAGUGGAAAAUAUAAAGAUCCAGUCCAUUUAAAAAAUUGGAUGCCCCUUACACUUCAGUGUUGUGAUGCAAAAAUUCUAGCAAAAUGUAUAGCGCAUAGAAUUAAAAAGGUAUAGUCGGAUAUUAUUCAUUCUAAUCAGACAGGUUUUUUUUACAUGGAAGAUACAUUGGAGAUAAUAUAAGGCAAGUAUUGGAAACAAUAGAACACUAUGGAAAAUCUGGGAAACCAGGCCUGCUAUUCAUAGCAGACUUCGAAAAGGAAUUUGAUAAAGUACGACUGGGGUUUAUAUACACUGCUCAAAAAAAUAAAGGGAACACUUAAACAACACAAUGUAACUCCAAGUCAAUCACACUUCUGUGAAAUCAAACUGUCCACUUAGGAAGCAACACUGAUUGACAAUACAUUUCACAUGCUGUUGUGCAAAUUGAAUAGACAACAGGUGGAAAUUAUAGGCAAUUAGCAAGACACCCCCAAUAAAGGACUGGUUUUGCAGGUGGUGACCACAGACCACUUCUCAGUUCCUAUGCUUCCUGGCUGAUGUUUUGGUCACUUUUGAAUGCUGGCGGUGCUUUCACUCUAGUGGUAGCAUGAGAUGGGGUCUACAACCCACACAAGUGGCUCAGGUAGUGCAGCUCAUCCAGGAUGGCACAUCAAUGCGAGCUGUGGCAAGAAGGUUUGCUCUGUCUGUCAGCGUAGUGUCCAGAGCAUGGACGCGCUACCAGGAGACAGGCCAGUACAUCAGGAGACGUGGAGGAGGCCGUAGGAGGGCAACAACCCAACAGCAGGACUGCUACCUCCGCCUUUGUGCAAGGAGGAGCAGGAGGAGCACUGCCAGAGCCCUGCAAAAUGACCUCCAGCAGGCCACAAAUGUGCAUGUGUCUGCUCAAACGGUCAGAAACAGACUUCAUGAGGGUGGUAUGCGGGCCCGACGUCCACAGGUGGGGGUUGUGCUUAUAGCCCAACACCGUGCUGGACGUUUGGCAUUUGCCAGAGAACACCAAGAUUGGCAAAUUCGCCACUGGCGCCCUGUGCUCUUCACAGAUGAAAGCAGGUUCACACUGAGCACGUGACAGAGUCUGGAGACGCCGUGGAGAACGUUCUGCUGCCUGCAACGUCCUCCAGCAUGACCGGUUUGGCGGUGGGUCAGUCAUGGUGUGGGGUGGCAUUUCUUUGGGGGGCCGCACAGCCCUCCAUGUGCUCGCCAGAGGUAGCCUGACUGCCAUUAGGUACCGAGAUGAGAUCCUCAGACCCCUUGUGAGACCAUAUGCUGGUGCGGUUGGCCCUGGGUUCCUCCUAAUGCAAGACAAUGCUAGACCUCAUGUGGCUGGAGUGUGUCAGCAGUUCCUGCAAGAGGAAGGCAUUGAUGCUAUGGACUGGCCCGCCCGUUCCCCAGACCUGAAUCCAAUUGAGCACAUCUGGGACAUCAUGUCUCGCUCCAUCCACCAACGCCACGUUGCACCACAGACUGUCCAGGAGUUGGCGGAUGCUUUAGUCCAGGUCUGGGAGGAGAUCCCUCAGGAGACCAUCCGCCACCUCAUCAGGAGCAUGCCCAGGCGUUGUAGGGAGGUCAUACAGGCACGUGGAGGCCACACACACUACUGAGCCUCAUUUUGACUUGUUUUAAGGACAUUACAUCAAAGUUGGAUCAGCCUGUAGUGUGGUUUUCCACUUUAAUUUUGAGGGUGACUCCAAAUCCAGACCUCCAUGGGUUGAUACAUUUGAUUUCCAUUGAUAAUUUUUGUGUGAUUUUGUUGUCAGCACAUUCAACUAUGUAAAGAAAAAAGUAUUUAAUAAGAUUAUUUCAUUCAUUCAGAUCUAGGAUGUGUUAUUUUAGUGUUCCCUUAAUUUUUUUGAGCAGUGUAUAAAUGCCUGGAGCAUUUCAAUUUUGGAGAAUCUCUUAUAAAAUGGGUCAAAAUCAUGUAUAGUAACCCUAGGUGUAAAAUAGUAAAUAAUUGCUAUUUCUCAGAAUGUUUUAAACUGUCAAGAGGAGUGAAACAAGGUUGUCCACUAUCGGCAUAUCUAUUUAUUGUGGCCAUCGAGAUGUUAGCUAUUAAAAUCAGAUCCAACAAUAAUAUCAGGGGAUUAGAAAUCCAGAGCUUAAAAACAAAGGUGUCAUUGUACGCUGAUGAUUCAUGUUUUCUUUUAAAUCCACAUCUAGAAUCCCUCCACAGCCUCAUAGAGGAUCUAGAUAUAUUUUUUAACCUCUCUGGAUUACAACCAAAUUAUAACUAACAAAUAUAUUACGUAUUGGAUCACUAAAAAAUAAAAAUUUACAUUACCAUGUAGUUUACCAAUAAAAUGGUCUGAUGGUGAUGUGGAUACAGUGAGGGAAAAAAGUAUUUGAUCCCCUGCUGAUUUUGCACGUUUGCUCACUGACAAAGACAUGAUCAGUCUAUAAUUUUAAUUUAGGGUUUAUUUGAACAGAGACAGAAUAACAACACAAAAAUCCAGAAAAACGCAUGUCAAAAAUGUUAUAAAUUGAUUUGCAUUUUAGUGAGGGAAAUAAGUAUUUGACCCCUCUGCAAAACAUGACUUAGUACUUGGUGGCAAAACCCUUGUUGGCAAUCACAGAGGUUAGACGUUUCUUGUAGUUGGCCACCAGGUUUGCACACAUCUCAGGAGGGAUUUUGUCCCACUCCUCUUUGCAGAUCUUCUCCAAGUCAUUAAGGUUUCGAGCCUGACUUUUGGCAACUCGAACCUUCAGCUCCCUCCACAGAUUUUCUAUGCGAUUAAGGUGUGGAGACUGGCUAGGCCACUCCAGGACCUUAAUGUGCUUCUUCUUGAGCCACUCCUUUGUUGCCUUGGCCGUGUGUUUUGGGUCAUUGUCAUGCUGGAAUACCCAUCCACAACCCAUUUUCAAUGCCCUGGCUGAGGGAAGGAGGUUCUCACCCAAGAUUUGACGGUACAUGGCCCCGUCCAUCGUCCCUUUGAUGCGGUGAAGUUGUCCUGUCCCCUUAGCAGAAAAACACCCCCAAAGCAUAAUGUUUCCACCUCCAUGUUUGACGGUGGGGAUGGUGUUCUUGGGGUCAUAGGCAGCAUUCCUCCUCCUCCAAACACGGCGAGUUGAGUUGAUGCCAAAGAGCUCGAUUUUGGUCUCAUCAGACCACAUGACCUUCUCCCAUUCCUCCUCUGGAUCAUCCAGAUGGUCAUUGGCAAACUUCAGACGGGCCUGGACAUGCGCUGGCUUGAGCAGGGGGACCUUGCGUGCGCUGCAGGAUUUUAAUCCAUGACGGCGUAGUGUGUUACUAAUGGUUUUCUUUGAGACUGUGGUCCCAGCUCUCUUCAGGUCAUUGACCAGGUCCUGCCGUGUAGUUCUGGGCUGAUCCCUCACCUUCCUCAUGAUCAUUGAUGCCCCACGAGGUGAGAUCUUGCAUGGAGCCCCAGGCCGAGGGUGAUUGACCGUCAUCUUGAACUUCUUCCAUUUUCUAAUAAUUGCGCCAACAGUUGUUGCCUUCUCACCAAGCUGCUUGCCUAUUGUCCUGUAGCCCAUCCCAGCCUUGUGCAGGUCUACAAUUUUAUCCCUGAUGUCCUUACACAGCUCUCUGGUCUUGGCCAUUGUGGAGAGGUUGGAGUCUGUUUGAUUGAGUGUGUGGACAGAUGUCUUUUAUACAGGUAACGAGUUCAAACAGGUGCAGUUAAUACAGGUAAUGAGUGGAGAACAGGAGGGCUUCUUAAAGAAAAACUAACAGGUCUGUGAGAGCUGGAAUUCUUACUGGUUGGUAGGUGAUCAAAUACUUAUGUCAUGCAAAUUAAUUACUUAAAAAUCAUACAAUGUGAUCUUCUGGAUUUUUGUUUUAGAUUCCGUCUCUCACAGUUGAAGUGUACCUAUGAUAAAAAUUACAGACCUUUACAUGCUUUGUAAGUAGGAAAACCUGCAAAAUCGGCAUUGUAUCAAAUACUUGUAUUCCCCGCUGCAAAACUUUCUAAAAACCUGUUUUCGAUUUGUCAUUAUGGGGUAUUGUGUGUAGAUUGAUAUUUUUUUAAUGUAUGUUAUCCAUUAUAGAAUAAGGCUUUAACGUAACAAAACCUGUAUAUAGUAUGCUUACUAACCUAUUGUGUUCGUCAUAUUUCUUCUUGUUUCUCGUGUUUUUUUUCUAGUAUUACAUUGUUGAUUAUUGCAUUGUUGGGUUUUGAGUUUGCGAGAAAGGCAUUUCACUGUACUUGUGCAUGUGACAUUAAAACUUGAAACUGAAACGUGAAUAUUUCAUGACCCUAAACCCGCCCACCCUGCGGAUAUAACCGUGGGGACUGCGUGUUAUGAGUCAACCCGCGCAUCACUAGUACACCGUUAGUCACUCACCCUUCUAGAUAACUUGAAACUUGUGUCUUGAAGUCGCCUAGGCUAGCUAGUGCUAGCCAACUUCUUUCACCAAUUUGCUUCAGCAGGCUGGUGUACGACCCAUGGCAAAGUUGGUUUGGCAUUGGACAGUAUGAAAAUGUAUGCACUCACUAACUGUAAGUCGCUCUGGAUAAGAGCGUCUGCUAAAUGACUAAAAUGUAAAUGUAUAUGAUAGUCUUCUUUUGUCUGGGUUUCAUGAGCAAUCACACUGAUUUGAUUGCCCUUUGCAUAGGCUUGUAGACGAUGUAAUGAUGUAAUUGUCAUGCCUGCAUCAGUGUGCUUUGGCAUCAUUCAGUGUGAUGGAAUGGUGAAGUCUCUUGGACUCCCAGCACUGGGCCUGAAGAACCCAGCAGCCCUGAGAGCCACGCUGCAGAGCAUAAAUAAUGCAACCCAUUUACUUCAGCUUGGCUUCACCAGAGUGCCAGAGAAUGGAAGUGUCUCCUUUGUCAGGACGUACACGUUGUUUCCUCCGCUACCCCUUUAGCAUUAUGCUAUUAUACCGUCCAGACAGACUCCAACAACCGUGCAGUUCAGAGGUGAGGUGUGGAUGUACUACUCAGAAUACCCGGAGUUCCUAGGAGAACAUUGGCCUUAAAUGCAGAGGUUGUUAAGGUUGGUAGUAUUCGAUGUUGUCUGCCAUUUCUAUCUGGUUCAGCUUGGGCUGGGGAGGGUACUAGGGACGAUGCAGCUGUGUGUCUGAGUGUGUAAAUACUGGACUCUGGCUGCAUCUUGUUGAGAGCUUGUACCCCCAUCAGGAGACUGAGUGUGUAAAGUUCAUUCAUUAGCAGUGUUUUUCUAGGAUUUUUCUUUGCAGAAAUGGCAAAGUUAGCCGGGUGCGGGAGGGAGGGUGUCUUUGCUGCGGGGGUCCGGGUGCAUUUAUUUUGUAGAACGACUGUGAGAAUGUUACUUCUGGUGACUUUUUAAAAGCACAUUCUAUUCCGAAAUGCAUGAACAGUUAAUUAUGUUGACACCAUCUGAAAUAUAACUGAUCCGCGCCACUGCACUGUAGGGAGAUGAUGAGGAGCAAGCGGUGGCUGUGCACUCGUGGCUCUCAUUUGCGCCACUGCUCGCUCUGUUUGCCACAAAUAUACGUUGUAACUUGUCACUCUGAUCUUAAAGGGAUAGUGCGAGAUUAAGUGCUUUUUCAAUUUACCCAGAAUCAGGAACUCAUCGAUACCAUUUUUAUGUCUGUGUGUAGUUUGAAGGAAAGUAGUUGCGCGAGCCAUUGCUAACUAGCGUUAGCACAAUGACAAAGUCUACAUGAACAGCUAGCAUGCUAACGCUAGUUAGCAACUUCCUUCGAACUGCAUUCAGAGACAUACAUAUUUUUUCCAUGAGUUCAUCUGACUCUAGGUAAGUAGAAAUAGGGCUUAAUUGCCAAAAUCUUGCGCUAUCCCUUUAAAAGCACGUCUCGACAGAAAUAUAUAAAGAAUAUGCAUGUUUUUUGGAGUGGUGGCCACGAUUUAGCAUCAGCGGACCACCACUGCUAAUCAAAUAUAGGGGAAACACUGAUUUAAAUGUUUGUUCAAGGUAACGGCUGAAGUGAGUUUUACCAGUCAGUCAUAUAACUGCAUUUUUGUAGAGUCCCCUGCUCUCAUCAGCCCCCUGUUCUCUACAGUGCGUUUUCUUUCCGCAUUAGUCCACACUCCCCCCUUUGAUUCUAGCUUCCUGUAUCCAAACGUGUUAAAGGGAUACUUUGGGAUUUUGGCAAUGAGGCCCUUUAUCUACACUGAGUACACCAAACAUUAGAAACACCUUCCAAAUUUUGAGUUGCACCCCUCCCCCCCUUUCAAUUUGUCAGGGCAUGGACUCUACAAGGUGUCGUAAGCAUUCCACAGGGAUGAUGCUGGCCCAUGUUGACUCAAAUGCUUCCCACAGUUUUGUCAAGUUGGCUGGAUGUCCUUUUGGUGGUGGACCAUUCUUGAUACACGGGAAACUGUUGAGCUUGAAAAUCCCAGCAGCUUUGCAGUUUUUGACACAAACCGGUGCACCUGGCACCUACUACCAUACCAUUCACCCUCUGAAUGGCACACAUACACAAUCCAUGUCUCAAGGUUUAAAAAUCCUUCUUUAACCUGUCUCCUCCCCUUCAUCUACAAUUAUUUGAAGUGGAUUUAACAAGUUACAUCAAUAAGGGAUCAUAGCUUUCACCUAGUCAGCUUAUGUCAUGGGAAGAGCAGGUAUUCUUAAUGUUUUGUGUACUCUGUGUACGUCCCCAGAUUCAGAUGAACUUGUGGAUACCAUUUUUAUGUGUCUGUGUCUAGUAUAAAGGAAGAGAGUUAGUUUUGCGAGCUUGCAAGCAGAUAACCAUAGACUUUCAGUCAUUGUGCUAACGCUAGUUAGCAAUUGUGCUUGCGCUAGUUAGAAACUUCCUUCAAACUGCACGCAGAGACAUAAAAAUGGAGCAGAUAUAGUUUUUGGAAAACCUGGUUGCAUAGAAAACUGAGGCAGAUUUUACUAUAAUUCCAUUACCAAAGUUUGCAUCUGCACAGUUUUUCCACUAAAUUCGUUUUUGUAAAUGUUUUCAUGUAAAUUGUUACAAGUAGUUCUAGUGCAUAGAGUUGUAUGGUUUGUUAAACUUUGAAAUCAAUGCUUUUUGUUUGGCUUACAUUUUUUAAUGAAAAAACUGCGUUAAAGCAUAAUUAUGUUACCGUGGAAUUUAAGGCUGAACGAUUUUGGAAAAUAAUCUAAUUGCGAUUUUUUGCCCCCAAUAUUGCGAUUGCGAUUUAAUAUGCGAUUUAAUUUAUUUAUCCUUUUUCCCCUACAAAACAUAAUGAAUGAUUUAAAUAUGACCAACACAAUAGUAUAUACAUUUAGUGUGAAAUGUUCUUUCCCAUAGGCUGGGUCUAUUUGUUAGAAUUAAAUUCAAACAUGUAUGACUUGAAAUAAAUGACAUUUUUAUUGAACUGCUCAUUACAGAAACAUCUGUGGCUUUGCCACUGUGCAUUUAAAUAAUUUAAACAAAGGCAUGAACUUUGUAAACACUGUGUGCAAAAGGUACAGUCUUAAGAAAAAAAUAAUUUUAAAUUGUAUGUAUCUUACUGCUCCCAAGUCAGUAACAUUUCACACAACUGAAACAAGGAAUUUGCUUUGAAAAUAUUUUGUAAAAUCAAAGUAAAUAAAGUUAUAAAUAAAAAAUGAGAAAUGCACUUUUAAUUUAGACAAACUAUUUUUUAUAAACGAUUUGAAUAUUAUAAUAUAAAAUAGAUGAGCCUCACUUAUCUCAAGUACACAACAAUAACACACCACACAGACUAAAGUUCACUACGAGUAUGGCACUGCCAGCCAUACUUAUCCAACAGUUCUGUUCUCAGUGGCUCACAGGUUUUUUGCUAAGAAAACCAGAAUAUUGACUUUUUCUGGCUUCAAGGCUGAGCGAGUGCAAGUCACAAUAUUCCCUCCUGUGCUAAAAAGACGCUCUGAGGGAGCGCUUGUAGCAGGUACACAAAGAUACUUGCGUGCCAUGGUGCACAAUUUUGGGUAGCUGAUCUUGUGCACCCUCCACCAAGCCAAUGGAUCAUCUUCUCCAUCAAUGGUAGGAGUCAUCAGGUAAUUGUUUAUCUCUGCCUCUGCGACAUCUUCAAGAUUUACAGGCAAAGAAGGAGAGGCUGAACUGGUCUUGAAAAAACUGCCAAGAGACCUCUUCGUCUUUUCCCCCAAGGACUGUGCACUUUGAGGCAUCUGAACAGUUUCAGUACGAGACCUCUUCUCCUAUUAGAUGAAAACAACAGCCAUUAGUUUUCCAGUUAGAUUUUACAGAAAUUUUUUGUUUUUGUGAAAUACAUAAUUAUUUACCCAAUGAUAUGUACGUUGUGCCAAGUCUACUAUCUCUGUCUUCAGACGAGUCUUGAUAGCAGGGAUGUUGUCUGUACUGAUGUACUGUAUUUUGAACCUAGGGUCCAGGAAACAGGCAACAUCCAAAAGCUCCUGGAUGUUUGGGUCUCCAUAUUUGUUAUUGAGGUAUGCUAGGACUUUGGUUUUUAUUGAUUUAGUCAGGUCAGUGUCCUCAGCAUCUUCAGCCAGGACUGAUGUGGCAAAAAGGUGGAGAACUGGCUUGAGGUAGGAGAUGCUUACAUACUCCUCUCCAGAAAGAGCAUCAGUAAACUCCAGUAGAGGAUGCAGUGCCUUGUGAAUCGACUCCAACACGUCAAUAUCCUGCCAGGUUGGGAUAAGGGAGCGUGCAUAUCGAUCUCCAGACAAUACCUGAGAAAUGGCUUUGGCCUGUUCAAGCACUCUGGCAAUCAUCAUUUCUUUAGAACCCCAUCUUGUUGGGCACUCCGUUAUGAGGUUGUGCUCAGGGAGUUUGAGCUCUCUCUGUGCCUCCGUCAGGGCUGCUUUCUUCUUCCAACUGUGGGAAAAGUGCCCCACCAGCUUCCUGCACAGUGCUGUUGCCCUUGACACUCUGUCAUCUUUGAGUGCAUUUUCUAAAAGAAAUAAAAAGUAGUGUAUUACACACAAUUUGAGUUUUGAUACAAGGCUCUCACUAUUACACACUCUAAUUAGCUGUAAUUCUGAAAUACACACAUCCACAACACAUCCUCUCUCUCUCUCUCAAUUCAAAGGGUCUUUAUUUGCAUGUCAAUUCUCUCUCUCUUUCUCUCUCUCUCUCUCUCAUAAACACUAAAAAAACAUGUAAAAAACAAAAACAAGAAAAGAAAAAAAAUGCAGGUGGGCAUUCCACCACAGACAGACAUAUGAUAUAAGCAAGUAAAAUGAAUUUACAUAUUAGAAAAGGAGUGGAAGUAUGAAUUUAUUUAAUCCCAUCCGAUUUAUAUAAUAUCAUUUAUAUAUAUUUGUAUAUUCAGCUUUACUAAUCGACGCAUCUCUCUCUCUCGCACUCGCGCACACACACACACACACACACACACACACAAACACACACAAACACACACACACACACACACACACACACACACACACACACACACACACACACACACACACACACGAUAACUUACCAAUGGCAAGAUGUAAUCUGUGGCCAAAACAUUGGAGCCUCGUCCAUUCAUUAAGCCGCGCAGCAAGCACCAUAUUCGACGCGUUGUCCGUCGUGAUGCAGACGUGAUUCUCCUCGUGGAGAUCCCAGCUGACAAGCCCUUCUCUCAGGCCGGCUGCAAUAUUUUCCCCUGUGUGAUCGUCUGGGAAGUAGGUAGUUUGUAGGCAGCGAGCUCGGAGGUUGAAAUCUUCAUCAAUAAAAUGGACUGUAAGACUCUGGUACGGCUCAGCUGUGCGGCUUGACCACAUAUCAGUAGUGCUAGCAAAAAACUCCACCGUUUUAAGUUCCGCGGCGACUUUCUCUUUGCACUUUUUGUACAGCUCCGGUAUGGCAGUCUGACUGAAGUAUGUGCGGGAGGGUAUACUGUAACGUUUAUCAAGCGUAUGUAUUAAUGCCAUGAACCCAGGCUUGGUCACCGUGCUGAGAGGCAUCAUAUCUUUGGCUAUGAACUCGGUUAUUGUCCGAGUGAUUUCUCCGUGCCGUUUUGAAUUACGUUCAUACGGAGUGACACUUUCGAACAUUUCUGUCAGUGAUCCCUGUCUUGAGGUAUUUGGCUUGUCUCGCGCACUGAUGCUCGGCAUUUUGGUCAUACAACUGUCAUGCAUUGAUUUGUGGUAUUUUUUUUAAGUGCUGAAACAGGUUUGUAGUGUUACCCCGUGAAGUAGCAAUCGGAGCACGGCAUGCUCUGCACAACACCUGACGCUGCUCAGCAUCUUCUUUUUUAAAACCAAAAUAGUUCCACACCACCGACGUGCUGUUCCUCUUCGAUAUUAAAGUAUCAGCUGUGUCAGUUUCUGACUGUUCCGUCGAGCAAGAGGCCAUUGCGCUGGACAGCAUGAAAAGUCGCGUCACGUGACCACCUCAAAUCGCGCACGUUGCGAUUAGAAAAAUCGCGUUCAGUCCAAUCGCGAUAUUAUCGCGAAUGCAAUUAAUCGUUCAGCCCUAGUGGAAUUACAUUUGACAUUUUAGUCAUUUAGCAGACGCUCUUAUCCAGAGCGACUUACAGUUAGAGUGCAUAAAAAAAAAAAAUCAUACUGGCCCCCCGUGGGAAACGAACCCACAACCCUGGCGUUGCAAGCGCCAUGCUCUACCAACUGAGCUACACGGGGCCCAUUAGUAUCUGUGUCUGUAUUGAGAGGCCAUGUGACUGAUGUCACAAACACUUCCUCUGUGUGUGUCACUGCUCACCAUUUCCUUCCCUUCCUGGUCAGUGAUGGAGGCAGGCGCUUUGUUAAUGAUUUGGUUUGGGGAACAAAAAAGCUUGAAGAAACUGUCUUGUGUUGAAUAUUCUCUGAGUGUAACAUGAUUAAAAGUCUUGGGUGAUGACUGUCAAUGUCAGAGUUUUUAGAAAUGAAUGCAGUCCCUGAAUACUGUAUCCCACCUACAUGGUCAACAUGCUUGUGAUUGCUGGCAAAGGGCAAAUAGAAGAGGGGGGACCUAUUGAGAGAACAACGCUGUGCAUAUGGUCUGUCAGUUAGUUGGUUCAGCUGUACUGGUUCUUAUGUGUUGUUGUAAUGCGCUGAUGGACGGCCUGGAAAAGAUAACAGACAUUUUGACCUGCUGGGGGUUCCUUUGCGCCAACGGCAUUUAGAUCAAGUCUCCUCUUGUUACUGUAGGUCUGACACUUAGCAGCUGCCUCUGUGUACUCUGGAACCCUCUCAGAACCCCUCAGCCCCAUUUCCCAUCUGCUACCACCAGUGUCCAGUGUGCUCCCUCUUGAGUGUCUGUGUUGUACGUGCCACUGGUUUAACACUAGACCCGCUAAAGCAGUCAUUUUGACUGCUCAUGAAUAUAUUUUAUUAUUCUGCCAUUUUUAAAGUCAUGCCCCCCUCAGUCCUUGACCUUUCCUAAAUAAGUCUAUAUAACACACUGCCGUUGUUAGAAUUUGUUAUAUCACAAACGGAACUAGAGCUAUAACCAGUUUAAGGAGGGCAUGUCAUUAUUUGAAUGGUUUUCCCCUGUUGCCCCUCCUCCCGACAGUAGGGCCUGCUCCGCUCAUUCUCCCGACAUUGGAAGGUGCAGUGGCCAGUUGAUAAUGACCCUGAUAAUUGCCUCUCAACUGAACCUAAACUAUACCAAAACUAAUUUCACACAUAUAACAACAGAUGAAAUAAAUGAAGUAAAGUAUGAUGGGGGAGAAUGGGUGAGUUGAUGAGCGAGGGGAUAAUGCAUAAUUAUGUAUCACCAAUUGUGAUUGAAGAACAGGGCAGGCCAUUCUAUUGUAUUGGUGUAUUCUAAUUAUAAUCUCAAAAUGGUAUAUACCCUAUAUCAGUCCACCAAAUCCAAGCAGUUUUAUCAGUCUACUCUGGCCUACUUGGAGUACACAGUGAGAACUUGCGUAAUUUACAAUGGCAAGAAGACCAAGACUAAUGGAUGCACAUGCUGCGUUAGCGCUGCUACAAGAUCUGAAUGAAAACGACUCAGAUGGCGGGGAAGAAAUGAAUCAUGACAUCUCUGAUGAUUAUUCUUCUGAUUCUGAGCCUCAACCUGAAUAACCUACACCUCCCAGGCCUAAGGGCAAUAAAGCCAGAACGGUGUGUGCUGAGCAGGUGCCCGUGCCAGCACCAAAUGAAACAGUGAGACAGGAUAAAGGAAGGGAAGUUUGGGAAAAGAUCCACAUCGGGCAGCAGGUGAGCAAGUGUCAGAGAAUGUGGUGAUGAGGCUUGUGGAACCUUACGUUGGCAAGGGGAGAAAUGUCACCGUGGACAAUUUCUUCACGUCACUGUCAUUGGCGAACAAGUUGCUUGCAAAUAAAACAAGUUUAGUCGGCACCAUGAACAAAGCAAGACGGGAGCUCCCUCCCAAAAUAAGGCACCUUAACAGCCGUUGUAUAACGGUGCUGAAGAAUGACAAGACAACACUCACACUAUACCAAUGCAAAGCAAGAAAGAAUGUUUCUGUCAUGAGCACUAUGCAUCCAUCUGACAGUUGCCAUCGACGGGGACUCCAUAAAGAGAAAACCGGAUACUGUUACGCACUAUAACCAAAGGUAUGUCAAAAUUACAUCAUACACAUUGCCAUAUAUAUAUACUUAACAAAAAUAUAAACGCAACAUGUAAAGAAUAUGUUCCAUGUUUCAUGAGCUGAAAUAAAAGAUCCCUGGAAAAUUCCAUACGCACAAAAUGCUUAUUUCUCUCAAAUGUUGUGCACAAAUUUGUUUACAUCCCUGUUAGUGAGCAUUUAUCCUAUGCCAAGAUGAUCCAUCCACCUGACAGGUGUGGCAUAUCAAGAAGCUGAUUAAACAGCAUGAUCAUUACACAGGUGCACCUUGUGCUGGGGACAGUAAAGGCCACUCUAAAAUGUGCAGUUUUGUUACACAACAGCAUGCCACAGAUGUCUCAAGUUUUGAGGGAGCGUGCAAUUGGCAUGCUGACUGCAGGAAUGUCCACCAGAGCUGUUGCCAGAGAAUGUAAUGUUAAUUUCUCUAUCAUAAGCCACCUUCAACGUUGUUUUAGAGAUUUUGGCAGUACGUCCAACUGGCCUCACAACCGCAGACCACGUGUAUGGCGUCGUGUGGGCGAGCGGUUUGCUGACAUCAACGUUGUGAACAGAAUUCCUCAUGGUGGCGAUGGGGUUGUGGUAUGAGCAGUCAUAAGCUACAGACAAUAAACACAAUUGCAUUUUAUUGAUGGCAAAUGUAAUGCAUAGAGAUACUGUGAUGAGAUCCUGAGGCCCAUUUUCGUGCCAUUCAUCCGCCGCCUUCACAUCAUGUUUCAGCCCCAUGUCACAAGUAUCUGUACACAAUUCCUGGAAGCUGAAAAUGUCCCAGUUAAUCCAUGGCCUGCAUACACAACAGACAUGUCACCCAUUGAGUGGCCUGCCUUCCACAAAGCGUUCUUUAUCUUCUACUGCUAGUUCAACCUUUUUUCUCUGUUUUUGGAGAAGUAGGCAUAUCUCUUGCUUUGUCAUCGGCCCUCGUGAUCUUCACUAUGGGGAGCAAAUUCAAAAACAGAUCUCUCUGCAAACAUAUUUUGAGUGAAGAUUCAUAAUUAAUCAUACAUACAGUAGUAUAGGCAGGGAAGGAGUGUUUUGUAUUUUGGGUUCAGAUAGGCCUACAGUAUGUCUUCAUUUAAGAUAGAUAUAUUUAGAUUAUUAAAUGAUAAGUCUCAAUAGAUUUGCUCUUCAGGUCCUACUUCGCUGUUUAGCAUUCAUUACUUUUUCUAGUAGAGUUUAUUCUAGUAGAGUUUAAUCUGAUAUCGCCCUCCCACUGUUAAAGUUAAUUAUGUCAUUAUCACAUGCAAUGCAUAAGCCCUCAAAUGGCCAAUCCCUUUACUGCAGUGAUCUUUCUUAGCAGUGUAGCUAGGUUGUCAUGCAGGGCUCGUCAUAUGGACAAUAUGAGGACAUGACAGACACCCUUUGUAUACAUUUGUCAAGCAGUGGAGGUCCACGUUUUAACCUAUGCUAUAGCUUAAUUGCAGCAAAAUUGUAGAUUAAAUGUAUACAUUAGAUUCUAUCUUAUUAUUUGUCAUACUCUUAGUUCAUGUCUUGGUCAUUUGACUGUAUUUUGUCUAUUUUUACAUAGAAUGUUAUUGUACCUCUGCUAUUUAAUUGAUGCUAGGAAUUUGAGGCCUCCGUUCACUUAUCAGCUGCAUGGUAUUUACAGCAUGUUGACAUUACAAAAAGUACCUCCAACAGUGACAGAGCCAUAAUGGAACCUGUUAUAUUAUUUACUGUAUGUGAGUUAGUUAUUAAAGGUGCAGUAUGCAGAAAUCACUCUGCCAUUUCCUGGUUGCUAAAAUUCUAAUAGUUCUCCUAAUUUCAGUUUGUGACUAAACAAGCAGUCAUAGUGUAGAUCAUUAUUGUACCAUCUAAACCGCUGUGAAAUAUAUUUUCCAUAACCAAAAAUAUUGUACACUGCUCAAAAAAAUAAAGGGAACACUUAAACAACACAAUGUAACUCCAAGUCAAUCACACUUCUGUGAAAUCAAACUGUCCACUUAGGAAGCAACACUGAUUGACAAUAAAUUUCACAUGCUGUUGUGCAAAUGGAAUAGACAACAGGUGGAAAUUAUAGGCAAUUAGCAAGACACCCCCAAUAAAGGACUGGUUUUGCAGGUGGUGACCACAGACCACUUCUCAGUUCCUAUGCUUCCUGGCUGAUGUUUUGGUCACUUUUGAAUGCUGGCGGUGCUUUCACUCUAGUGGUAGCAUGAGACGGAGUCUACAACCCACACAAGUGGCUCAGGUAGUGCAGCUCAUCCAGGAUGGCACAUCAAUGCAAGCUGUGGCAAGAAGGUUUGCUGUGUCUGUCAGCGUAGUGUCCAGAGCAUGGAGGCGCUACCAGGAGACAGGCCAGUACAUCAGGAGACGUGGAGGAGGCCGUAGGAGGGCAACAACCCAGCAGCAGGACUGCUACCUCCGCCUUUGUGCAAGGAGGAGCAGGAGGAGCACUGCCAGAGCCCUGCAAAAUGACCUCCAGCAGGCCACAAAUGUGCAUGUGUCUGCUCAAACGGUCAGAAACAGACUCCAUGAGGGUGGUAUGAGGGCCCGACGUCCACAGUUGGGGGUUGUGCUUACAGCCCAACACCAUGCAGGACGUUUGGCAUUUGCCAGAGAACACCAAGAUUGGUAAAUUCGCCACUGGCGCCCUGUGCUCUUCACAGAUGAAAGCAGGUUCACACUGAGCACAUGUGACAGACGUGACAGAGUCUGGAGAUGCCGUGGAGAACGUUCUGCUGCCUGCAACAUCCUCCAGUAUGACCGGUUUGGCGGUGGGUCAGUCAUGGUGUGGGGUGGCAUUUCUUUGUGGGGCCGCACAGCCCACCAUGUGCUCGCCAGAGGUAGCCUGACUGCCAUUAGGUACCGAGAUGAGAUCCUCAGACCCCUUGUGAGACCAUAUGCUGGUGCGGUUGGCCCUGGGUUCCUCCUAAUGCAAGACAAUGCUAGACCUCAUGUGGCUGGAGUGUGUCAGCAGUUCCUGCAAGAGGAAGGCAUUGAUGCUAUGGACUGGCCCGCCCGUUCCCCAGACCUGAAUCCAAUUGAGCACAUCUGGGACAUCAUGUCUCGCUCCAUCCACCAACGCCACGUUGCACCACAGACUGUCCAGGAGUUGGCGGAUGCUUUAGUCCAGGUCUGGGAGGAGAUCCCUCAGGAGACCAUCCGCCACCUCAUCAGGAGCAUGCCCAGGUGUUGUAGGGAGGUCAUACAGGCACGUGGAGGCCACACACACUACUGAGCCUCAUUUUGACUUGUUUUAAGGACAUUACAUCAAAGUUGGAUCAGCCUGUAGUGUGGUUUUCCACUUUAAUUUUGAGUGUGACUCCAAAUCCAGACCUCCAUGGGUUGAUCAAUUUGAUUUCCAUUGAUAAUUUAUGUGUGAUUUUGUUGUCAGCACAUUCAACUAUGUAAAGAAUUUUUUUUUUAAUAAGAUUAUUUCAUUCAUUCAGAUCUAGGAUGUGUUAUUUUAGUGUUCCCUUUAUUUUUUUGAGCAGUGUAUUUUCAGCUGUUUUGAAGCUUGUGUAGCCUAAAAAGUUACAUAUUGCAGCUUUAACUCAAAAUACAUUUGUAAUUGUCUAUGUUAUUUGUGAGUGAGUUAGUUUCUCAGCCCAUCCCUGAAGUCUAGGCUUGGCUUCCCCAGAUGUAGUUUCAGUUUGAAUCCUUCCCUUUCCCCUCUAAAAACAAUCCCUUAGACUGACCGACAUUAACACAAACCUCAACGAUAUAAUUAAACUAGGCUGUGUCGUCCAAUAAUCGUUUGUCUGUGUAUGUUAUUAAAAAGCAACUCUGAGCCUGGGCACGUUCUACUUCCAGCUCUGGCUAAUUACAUAUAAGUCUGUAUGGCUUCUGUCAGGGUGCAGCUAAGCUCCGCUUUGCUCCUCUUGUUGCAUCCAUUGUUUUAAUUUAGCUUUGUGAUAGUAUUGCCUUUCGUUACGAGAAGGAUAUUAUAUUUCUAUGUCAAAUGAAUGAUACUUGACUUUCCUCAUAAGUACUUUGGAAUCUCACGUUGUAGUCUCUGAUAAGUAAAAGUACCUGUCAUGUUAAGAAGUGAAUGUUUGGUUUGAAUAAUUGAGCAUGCUGUUGAGUAUUGAGUGUGCUCCUAACCACCCUGGUAUGUGUUUUCACAGGCAUCCGCUCAUGGGAUGUGGACCUGACAUUCUGUAACCUGGACGAGCAGCUCAAGCUCUUUGUGUCUCGACACUCUGCCUUCUUCUCGGAAGAAAUAAAAGGUAAUUUGCUUUUUCCACCUGUGUAUCCUUCUGGGUAAAACAUAAUUGACUGAACUGUAAAACUCCUCCCUGUUGGCCCUCAGUAUUAAAAGUCUCUCGGUCUCGAUGCGAUGGUGCUAAUGACAAGGGAUCAGUCAUUGUCCUUGAUCGGCCCGGUUUCGACUGUAUGUCUUUAUCCCUUUCAACACAGAACAUGACCUCUCAAUGGUUGCUGUUGUGGCUGGUAUAGUGAGGACCAGCUGCAGUAACUUUGUUGCCACGGUGACAGUCUGUGUCAGGUCAUGCUGGAACAAAAAGCUGAGGAGCUCUCCAGGUGAUUUGUGUCUUACCAUUUGUGAACUGGACAAUCCAGCAAGUCUAACGAAAUCAAAGUACUUGGCAUAUUUUGACAGGCUCUGGUUUGCCGGCGUCAAACUUUUGUAAAAUUGUUUCAAAUAUUUUGUAGUCCACUGAGCCAAGGCAAUUAAGUUCACCAUAGUGGUCAAACCUGGCUCUCUUUCGAACAUUGAUAUUGUCCUGUAUUGUAGUAGUAUUGCCUCCUCUAUACUCUGUUUACAACAAGUUUCGCUUUCUGCCAGGCCCAGUUCAUUGCAUUUCUGCUCGAAUCGCUCAUAGAAACUAUCAGUCUUGUCGCUGCCGUUCCAGUGCUUUCAGUAUGUCGCUGAUGUGGUGGAAAAUACCAUCAUAGGCCAUGAGCAAAAAUGGGUUGCUAACUGUUAAUUUUUUUCAGUAAAGGCAUGUAAUAGUUCCACCAUAGUUGUCCCUGGGCCUGUUUGAUGAGCUAUCCAGGCUCUGUCGCCGCCGGCCGCGAACGGGAGACUCAUGGGCGGCGCACAAUUGGCCCAGCGUCGUCCAGGGUAGGGGAGGGAAUGGCCGGAAGGGAUGUAGCUCAGUUGAUAGAGCAUGGCGUUUGCAACGCCAGGGUUGUGGGUUCGAUUCCCACGGGGGGCCAGUAUAAAAAAAAAUAUGUAUUCACUAACUGUAAGUCGCUCUGGAUAAGAGCGUCUGCUAAAUGACUUAAAUGUAAAUGUAAUGAGCUGGCACUCAUCGUUACCAUGAAUUGCCAACUCCUGUUUACCUAGGUAGCAUGAUGUAGCAUUAAUUAGCUAGGUCUUAAAAAAUCUCACAGUCCUCUUUUACCUUAGCAUUGUGCAUACUGAUGUUCAAUCUCCAUUGUUCAUUCAAUGCCAGAUCUAUCCGUGAGCUGCCAAAUGUCUUAAGAUCUAUCUAAAAGAUGCCAUUAUUUUCCUGUCCAACUAUUGACACAUACUUGUAUGCCUGCUAUUAUUUGAAUUAUGUUGUCUGGCUCCUUAUCAAAGUUCAUUCAAUGAGUUACAUUGAAUAUCUGUGUGAAUGCUGUUUAUGACCCACUUUUCAAACCCGACAGCUUUGUUACAUCUCAUGACGGUCACAAUUCUCAGAGAAGACGUCAUAAGCAUAAAUUAGUCAAACAUUCUAAAUGGUACAAGAGUUCCUUUUGAAUGAGAAUAUCCAUUCUACCAUGCUCCAACAAACUGAGCCAUUGGAACCUCCUUACAUUACUCAAUAGCUUACAGUCCCAUUCGCAUCCUAUUAUUGACCCCUGUUAGGUGUGUGUGUGUCUGGUCUCCCUCCCUGCUGUUUGCAUGCAGGGCCACAGUGGUUAGCAACACGGCGGUGCACUGGGACUUGGGGUUUGCGUGCAGAGAGGCCGUGGCAGCAGUUAGCUGGGGGCUGCAGACUGCUCGCGGAUUAGAAAGUUUGACGUGCUUGGCUGGUCAGGGUCUACUCAGUCAGGCAAACACCAGCAAGUUUACACUUGCCCAGCAUCUUCACACUCGAGUGGAGAUGGAGCUCGCUUCCCCACAAGAGAUUUUAUCUCCAGUGAUAACUCCAUCUUUUAUAUCUGGUUGCUCUGCCAGCAUCUUUCAAUUCAGCCCCACUGAAAAGCCUAAUUCGGAUAGACUGAUGAACUUUUCAGAUGAGUGGGCUAUUUAUUUAUCUAUCAUGCAGAUAAUCGACAAUACAUUCUAGAAUUGACGUUGAGAAAAAUACUUGAUUUGUCUUUACUUCUCCUCAGUCAAACAUCUACUUGAGAAAUCUAGCAGAGGAUCGCCAGCCUUGGUCGUAUGUCAAGGCAGAAAGCGUGUGCCCUUCUGGGUUAUCUGCCCGUCUGCCGCUAAUGAUAGACAUGAGUCAAUGAGUCAACCUCCCGAGUGGCGCAGUGGUCUAAGGCACUGCAUCGCAGUGCUAGCUGUGCCACUAGAGAUCCUGGUUCGAAUCCAGGCUCUGCUGUAGCCGGCCGCAACCGGGAGACCAAUGGGGCGGCGCACAAUUGGCCCAGCGUCGUCCAGGGUAGGGGAGGGAAUGGCCGGCAGGGAGGUAGCUCAGUUGGUAGAGCAUGGCGUUUGCAACGCCAGGGUUGUGGGUUCGAUUCCCACGGGGGGCCAGUAUGAAAAUAAAAAAGAAUAAUGUAUGCACUAACUGUAAGUCGCUCUGGAUAAGAGCGUCUGCUAAAUGACGUAAAUGUAAUGUUUUAUUUGACUGCCUGGGAGUGUGUAUGCAAUGCCAUGGGUGGUACUGGGUGCUGUCCACUACCAGUGGCCAGCGGUCUGUUUCUGCAUGUCAGGUCAGUUGAUGGUUUGAGCAAAGGAACACACACAAGACUAUAGCAGUAUAAAUAUUGCAAUUAAAUCUGUACUCUGGAGAAAAUCUUAUUGAGCCUCAAGUGUUCUUCCUUUACACCACAACAACUUCAGCAGAGUAGCUCCUUCAGACCGUUAUUUGUUUAUUUGCAGUGUAGUUCGUGUGGAGUGUUAGUGAUGAUGUUAGUGGGGAGGUCAGAGGAAUGAGACAGGUGGUUGAUGGAAAGCAGAGAGAGAAAUGCCAGGGAGAGUGGGAGGAGGAGAGAGUGAGUGUGUGACCUCACAGCUGAAAAUAGUUGGCCACAGCUGCACCUUCCUCGCCCUGAAGCCCAUCUUCCCUCAGUCACCAGAACAUGUAUUUCUCCUCGGGACAACUUUCUCCUCAAGUUUCAAGAAAUACCUUGCCCCAACUUCAGGCCUCACCCAUUCACAAUCCGUGUCACACCCCAACACCCACAAUACAACCACACUUGCACUCUCAUGCUAGCGAGCUCGUUCGCUAGCUCAGGCUAUUGCGACUCUGUAAAAGUACUACUACUAUAUUACUGCAGUGCUCCACUAUCGAAUAUGUGCUGCAGAGCCUCUUCCAGGCAGCAGGCUGACUAAUGGCAGGCCAGCUGUUGAGGAAUGUGUGGCGUCAGAGCCUGUAUGUGUGUGUGUGUUUACACUAGUGGAGUGAUCCUGUGCGGGUGGUGCAGGAUGGGGGGAGCAUGAGAGUCAUCAGGGGGCACAUGGUGUGCCACACAGUGCCUUGCUUUGUCUCAUUUCAUAGGCCUACAGUAAAACCUUAUCCAGAAUGGGCUAAUUCAUGACAAAUGCCUAAUACAAAUAAGUUAGAAUAUACAGUAUAUUUACAUUUUUAGUCAUUUAGCAGACGCUCUUAUCCAGAGCGACUUAGUUAGUGAGUGCAUACAUUUUAUUUUUUUGAUACUGGAGGAAAGUUACCAAACAGUGAUGACACAGUUUUAGAAAUUAGGCUACUCUAUAGCAAUGAUUAUGCUACUGAUAGAUUUCUGUUUUGGAUAAGGUGUCUUUUACCCCUGUGAGGCUGACUGUCUCCUGUUACAGUGGGCAUGGCUCCAGACUUUCCCCUGGUGGCACUGGUGCCACUAACUUUUUCAGUUGGUGGCACCAGCCCAUGAUUUGCAGCUUUUUCCACUACCAUCAACAAAACACCAAAUGAUGGAAUUUAUCGUGGAAGAAUGAGUUCCAGACACUUGUCGAAUUUAUGCCAAGGUGCAUUGAAGCUAUUCUGGUGGCUCGUGGUGGCCCAACACCCCAUUAAGACACUAUGUUGUUGUUUCCUUUAUUUUGGGCAGUUACCUGUAUGUUUUCAAGGGGAUUUUGUUUUUUAUCAGAGCUGCUUUCUUUUAUCAUUAUUGAAUGUGUCAUGUUGAAAUGAUGUCCAUAUAUUGAAGCCUAAACUAUUAACAGUGGUUAUUACUGUUAAUCUCUUCUACAUGCGGAGGUCAUCCGUUCAUCCGUUCACCCACACAAAGACACGGCGGUUGGAACCAAAAAUCUCCUAUUUGGACUCCAGACCAAAGGACACAUUUCCACCGGUCUAAUGUCCAUUGCUCGUGUUUCUUGGUCCAAGCAAGUCUCUUAUUGGUUUCCUUUUAGUAGGGGUUUCUUUGGAGCAAUUGGACCAUGAAGGCCUGAUUCACACGGUCUCCUCUGAACAGUUGAUGUUGAGAUGUGUCUGUUACUUGAACUCUGUGAAGCAUUUAUUUGGGCUGCAAUUUCUGAGGCUGGUAACUCUAAUGAACUUGUCCUCUGCAGCAGAGGUAACUCUGGGUCUUCCAUUCCUGUGGUGGUCAUCACGAGAGCCAGUUUCAUCAUAGCGCUUGAUGGUUUUUAAUAAUAAAUAAUAAUAAUAUGCCAUUUAGCAGACGCUUUUAUCCAAAGCGACUUACAGUCAUGCGUGCAUACAUUUUUGUGUAUGGGUGGUCCCGGGGAUCGAACCCACUACCUUGACGUUACAAGCGCCGUGCUCUACCAGCUGAGCUACAGAGGACCAGUUUUUGUGACUGCACUUGAAGAAACUUUUAAAGUUCUUGAAAUGUUCCGUAUUGACUGCCCUUCAUGUCUUAAAUUAAUGGACUGUCAUUUCUCUUUGCUUAUUUGAGCUGUUCUUGCCAUAAUAUGGACUUGAUAUUUUAGCAUUUAGCUCAAACGCAUUUAGAAGGAAAUAAAUUCCACAAAUUAACUUUUAAGAAGGCACACCUGUUAAUUGAAAUGCAUUCCAGGUGACUACCUCAUGAAGCUGGUUGAGAGAAUGCCAAGCGUGUGCAAAGCUGUCAUCGAGGCAAAGGGUAUUUGAAGAAUCUAAAAUCUAAAAUAUAUUUUGAUUUGUUUAACACUUUUUUGAUUACUACAUGAUUCCAUAUGUGUUGUUUAAUAGUUUUGAUGUCUUCACUAUUAUUCUACAAUGUAAAAAAAUAUUAAAAAUAAAGAAAAACCCUUGAAUGAGUAGGUGUGUCCAAACUUUUGACUGGUACUGUAUAAGGUCAUUUCGUCAAACUUGUGAGGCUCUCCAUGCUCAUUUGUUGCUCAUUCAACAUAUUUGCUGCUACUUCACUCAAUCCUGUUUUAUGACUCCCAUCCUAUCUGUUUUAAUUUCCCUGAGACCAACCAGAAAUGUGUCCUUGGCCAAAUAUUCUGAGAUUUUCAUAAAACAGCCACAAAUGUGGUCUCUCGUUUCUGCAUCAGCAGUAGGCUACGCUUCAAUUGCUUGGUCGGUCCUGCGACCUGCAGGGAUGUAGUGCUGCCGCAGCGCCACUUCUCACAAUGGUGCUUGUUUAGUAAAGUUAGAUCAAAGCUGACUCAAUGUCUUGGAAGAUCACAAUGAUGGUAUAAUGUUACAACAAAAACACCACCUCAUUUCCUAUGAGAUUCUAGCAUGGUUAGCUGAAUAGUCCCCAAAAAUUAUAAUCCGGCCAAAACUCAACAGCACGUGCACACAUAAUCUGCUUUGAUUUAAACAAAAUACAGGAAGGCUAUAUACAGUGGGGAAAAAAAGUAUUUAGUCAGCCACCAAUUGUGCAAGUUCUCCCACUUAAAAAGAUGAGAGAGGCCUGUAAUUUUCAUCAUAGGUACACGUCAACUAUGACAGACAAAAUGAGGGAAAAAAAUCCAGAAAAUCACAUUGUAGGAUUUUUUAUGAAUUUAUUUGCAAAUUAUGGUGGAAAAUAAGUAUUUGGUCACCUACAAACAAGCAAGAUUUCUGGCUCUCACAGACCUGUAACUUCUUCUUUAAGAGGCUCCUCUGUCCUCCACUCAUUACCUGUUUUAAUGGCACCUGUUUGAACUUGUUAUCAGUAUAAAAGACACCUGUCCACAACCUCAAACAGUCACACUCCAAACUCCACUAUGGCCAAGACCAAAGAGCUGUCAAAGGACACCAGAAACAAAAUUGUAGACCUGCACCAGGCUGGGAAGACUGAAUCUGCAAUAGGUAAGCAGCUUGGUUUGAAGAAAUCAACUGUGGGAGCAAUUAUUAGGAAAUGGAAGACAUACAAGACCACUGAUAAUCUCCCUCAAUCUGGGGCUCCACGCAAGAUCUCACCCCGUGGGGUCAAAAUGAUCACAAGAACGGUGAGCAAAAAUCCCAGAACCACACGAGGGGACCUAGUGAAUGACCUGCAGAGAGCUGGGACCAAAGUAACAAAGCCUACCAUCAGUAACACACUACGCCGCCAGGGACUCAAAUCCUGCAGUGCCAGACGUGUCCCCCUGCUUAAGCCAGUACAUGUCCAGGUCCGUCUGAAGUUUGCUAGAGUGCAUUUGGAUGAUCCAGAAGAGGAUUGGGAGAAUGUCAUAUGGUCAGAUGAAACCAAAAUAUAACUUUUUGGUAAAAACUCAACUCGUCGUGUUUGGAGGACAAAGAAUGCUGAGUUGCAUCCAAAGAACACCAUACCUACUGUGAAGCAUGGGGGUGGAAACAUCAUGCUUUGGGGCUGUUUUUUUUGCAAAGGGACCAGGACGACUGAUCCGUGUAAAGGAAAGAAUGAAUGGGGCCAUGUAUCGUGAGAUUUUGAGUGAAAACCUCCUUCCAUCAGCAAGGACAUUGAAGAUGAAACGUUGCUGGGUCUUUCAGCAUGACAAUGAUCCCAAACACACCGCCCGGGCAACGAAGAAGUGGCUUCGUAAGAAGCAUUUCAAGGUCCUGGAGUGGCCUAGCCAGUCUCCAGAUCUCAACCCCAUAGAAAAUCUUUGGAGGGAGUUGAAAGUCUGUGUUGCCCAGCGACAGCCCCAAAACAUCACUGCUCUAGAGGAGAUCUGCAUGGAGGAAUGGGCCAAAAUACCAGCAACAGUGUGGGAAAACCUUGUGAAGACUUACAGAAAACGUUUGACCUGUGUCAUUGCCAACAAAGGGUAUAUAACAAAGUAUUGAGAAACUUUUAUUGACCAAAUACUUAUUUUCCACCAUAAUUUGCAAAUAAAUUCAUUAAAAAUCCUACAAUGUGAUUUUCUGGAUUUUUUUUCUCAUUUUGUCUGUCAUAGUUGACGUGUACCUAUGAUGAAAAUUACAGGCCUCUCUCAUCUUUUUAAGUGGGAGAACUUGCACAAUUGGUGGCUGACUAAAUACUUUUUCCCCCCACUGUAGUUAAUACCAUCUGCUCUAAUUUGCUCACGAAACAGUAAUUCAAGAAGAUCAAAAUGCAUAUUCCCUUGAAACUGAUCGAGGUCAAAUUAUUGGCAGACGCAGUUUGGACAUUUCACUGGGAAAACGUGAAGAAUUAUCAUUUACGAUUGACAGUGAUGAUGCCCUGGCCUAUUUUGAAGUUAGGUAUGCCUAGGGCUGUGGUGGUCACAAUUUCAUCAGCCGGUGAUUGUCAAGCAAAUAACUGUCGGUCUCACGGGAGUUGACCGUUAAUUAACAUAGACAUCUCCUGGCUUCCACACAUAGCCUACAAGCCACUGAUGCGGACCUUUGGAACAUCUACAUUUAAAAAAGUAUAAUAAAUCCAUGUAAUAUAGCCUACACCUUCACAAAAAAUCCAUUAUUUAUUUUAGACCGGACUAAAGAAGCAUGAUAUGAAGAAAAUGUAGUCUAUUUCAGAAGAACAGAAUUAACAUACUCUGAGUUGUCCUUAUGUUAGGUUCUGAUCUGGCUAUGCCAAAUGGCUGUGGGCUACACUAGUUCAUUUAGCAGACAAGAUUUGCUAAGAGUUCCGUGGCAUUAUUUUAUAUUAUUUUAUAGUAUGAAGAAUAUAAUUGAACAAAGCUGAAUAAAAUAGAAAGGAUAUUUUCUCCAAACGAUUUGAGGGAGUGCGCACAUGCGGCUAUUCUGUGUUGAGCGGUUAACAAAGAAAUAGGUACUCCUAUAUGCUUAUUUUAGACUUAUUAAUGUAACUUUAGUUGUUCUACAAACAUUGGGCUAUAUGUUUUGAUUUUAAAAAAAGUUUUAAGGCUGCAUGAUGCUACUCUAAUGAUGAUUUGAAAAGAGUUGCUUGAAAGGCAUGAGCUUUGCUUUGUUUUUUGCACAGGCUGUACACACUUCAUCAGUCUCGCAUUCACAAUUUGACAAGCACUUAAUAUAAUAUAAUAUAAUAUAAUGCCUCAAAUUUCACGGGGGCAUCCCCUUUGUGUGGCCGUAAUGUACCCAGAAAAAAUCCAUGCCUUUUGCUGCCAUUGGCUGUUGUGCCCUUGGCCCUGAGUGCUGCCCAAUCCGAAGCACCUCUCACUCACAUGGCGCUCCAUCACGUGAUCGGGUCUUUCUCCCAGGCUACAUGUGAAGACCGAUACAUCGGGGACACAACUGCGUGCAUCCUUAUCCAAUUCCGAGGUGCAUAUUGAAGAUAUUGUAAGAACUGUCCACAUUUACUUUUUGUCAGCCAACAAGAUGAGUAGGCCUAACGAACAGCAAAAGCACUAACCUAUGUCAAUCUACUAUCCCCCAUAGUACAAAAGUUGACCUAUUCUGUGCGAGAAAUUAAUAUUCCAAACAUAGUCUGGGGCAGUUGGGGAUAAGAUGGAUCCCAAAUUAAUACAACCACUAGCAUCAAAAAACCUUUUUUACGCAAUGUGGCUGACGCAACAGAUCAGAAUGUUUAGCUUAAAAUGUUGAUAAACUAUUAGGCUAUUUCUUCACAUUAUAAGUGCAGCAAUGCGCACAUGGCAGUAGGCUAUACGCGCAAAUGUUCGAUUAGCGGGAAAACACCAUUAUCAAAAGUGACUGCAAAUGUGAUUAUGCAUGUAAUGCUUUUAUGAGAAAGGUGCAUUUUUAUGGUGAAAAUUAUCUUCCCCAAACUUGAAUCUCAUGCGCUGCUUAUGUAUGCCAGUUAGGCUCUACACCCCUUUUUAAAGUGGAUUAAUGUGCUUAAUUUUAAGAUGUUAUUUGGCCACUUUAGUUGUGAUACAAACCAUAUCAAAACAUAUAGGCCUAUGGGCUAGGCUACAUGAGGUGUGCGAAUAUGAUUCAAUUUUUUUAUUUUUAUCUUGUGUUUACAUAUACUAAAUAAUAUAUGUGUGAAAUUUGUUUUGAUUUAGAAUGGACCAUUAUCAUGCACCUGUCUUGAAACAGGGGCAGCGGGAAAAAAUACAUGGUAUCUAUGCGCUUAAAUAGCGAAUGGAGGAUGAUUUUCCCGUGGUUCAUUUUCAUAACAGCCAGGUAGGCUAUACUCCUGUUGUAAAGAUAAGCAACGUGCUUAAUAUUAGGAAAGUUGAGAAAUAAGUAUACAGUGCCUUUCAAAAGUAUUCAUCCCCCUUUUCGCUUUUCCUAUUUUGUUGCAUUACAACCUGUAAUUUAAAUGGAUUUUUAUUUGGAUUGCAUGUAUGGACACACAAAAUAGUCCAAAUUGGUGAAGUGAAAAAAAAGUAACAAAUAAUAGUUUUAAAAAAAAAAAGUAUACAAAAUAAAUAGCGGAAAAGUGGUGCGUGCAUAUGUAUUCACCCCCUAUGCUAUGAAGCCUCUAAAUAAGAUCUGGUGCAACCAAUUACCUUCAGAAGUCACAUAAUUAGUUAAAUAAAGUCCACCUGUGUGCAAUCUAAGUGUCACAUGAUCUCAGUGUAUAUAUACACCUGUUCUGAAAGGCCCCAGAGUCUGCAACACCACUAAGCAAGGGCCACCAUGAAGACCAAGGAGCUCUCCAAACAGGUCAGGAACAAACUUGUGGAGAAGUACAGAUCAGGGUUGGGUUAUAAAAAAAUAUCAGACACUUUGAACAUCCCACGGAGACCAUUAAAUCCAUUAUUAAAAAAUUGAAAGAAUAUGGCACCACAACAAACCUGCUAAGAGAGGGCCGCCCACCAAAACUCACGGACCAGGCAAGGAGGGCAUUAAUCAGAGAGGCAACAAAGAGACCAAAGAAAACCCUGAAGGAGCUGCAAAGCUCCACAGCGGAGAUUGGAGUAUCUGUCCAUAGGACCACUUUAAGCCGUACACUCCACAGAGCUGGGCUUUACGGAAGAGUGGCCAGAAAAAAGCCAUUGCUUAAAGAAAUAAAUAAGCAAACACGUUUGGUGUUCGCCAAAAGGCAUGUGGGAGACUCCCCAAACAUAUGGAAGAAGGUACUCUGGUCAGAUUAGACUAAAAUGGAGCUUUCUGGCCAUCAAGGAAAACGCUAUGUCUGGCGCAAACCCAACACCUAUCAUCACCCAGAGAACACCAUCCCCACAGUGAAGCAUGGUGGUGGCAGCAUCAUGCUGUGGGGAUGUUUUUCAUCGGCAGGGACUGGGAAACUGGUCAGAAUUGAAGGAAUGAUGGAUGGCGCUAAAUACAGGGAAAUUCUUGAGGGGAAACCUGUUUCAGUCUUCCAGAGAUUUGAUACUGGGAAGGAGGUUCACCUUCCAGCAGGACAAUGACCCAAAGCAUACUGCUAAAGCAACACUUGAGUGGUUUAAGGGGAAACAUUUAAAUGUCUUGGAAUGGCCUAGUCAAAGCCCAGACCUCAAUCCAAUUUAGAAUCUGUGGUAUGACUUAAAGAUUGCUGUACACCAGCGGAACCCAUCCAACUUGACGAAGCUGGAGCAGUUUUGCCUUGAAGAAUGGGCAAAAAUCCCAGUGGCUAGAUGUGCCAAGCUUAUAGAGACAUACCCCAAGAGACUUGCAGCUGUAAUUGCUGCAAAAGGUGGCUCUACAAAGUAUUGACUGGGGGGGGUGAAUAGUUAUGCACGCUCAAGUGUUCUGUUUUUUGUCUUAUUUCUUGUUUGUUUCACAAUAAAAAAUAUUUUGCAUCUACAAAGUGGUAGGCAUGUUGUGUAAAUCAAAUGAUACAAACCCCCCAAAAAUCCAAUUUAAUUCCAGGUUGUAAGGCAACAAAAUAGGAAAAAUACCAAGGGGGGUGAAUACUUUCGCAAGCCACUGUAUUAGGCCUAGCCUAUAGAAAGCUGAUGGGAUCCUCCUCUUUUAAACAGAGGCCAUCACUCUGUUUUCUCGCGCAAUUGCAUAGCCUAUAGAAAUGUUGCGCAACCUGAGCUCAUGGGCUCUCGUGAAAAUCGUGUUUCAUUCGAUUUUCGAUCACAUUUGCAUUGAUGUCAGAGUGAUUAGAGGGACAAUAGAGUGCUGAGUACCAGGCAGUUAGCAGAUUUGGUAGGCUACUAAUGACCAUCAACAGCAUCAGAGCUUGGAGAAGCCUAAUUACCGUGACUAAACGGUCAUGUGGGAUUUGACUGCCUUCAUGACUCGUGACCGCCGGUGUGGCGGUAAUACGGUCACCGCAACAGCCCUAGGUAUGCCUUGGUGUUUUAAGCUAUUAAAAAUGUUAUUGAGACAAUAGGCAGACAUUGCAAUUGGAGGAUGCGUUUUAUGCAUAUUCUAUAAUGAUAUUCAAUAUCUGUCGGUACAAACUUUGAGAAAUUAUUAUGCAAUUUAUUUGUAUUGCUCUCCGGGGGGAGGGGGGUUACACUGCCUCGGGAAUUUCCCUCAAAAUCAUCCUGUUGUCCUGCAUUUGGAUAUUUUAAAUGUGGUCACCCUAGAUCUACACCACCACUGGUAGCAAGGAGCAACCUGUAUUAGAGUUAAUGUUUGCUUUGCUUUGCCCUAGCUCAGUGCAUUAGCUAAAUGGCAUUUAGCUAGCCAGCAAGCUAGUUAGCGAUUAGCAUUAGUGAUUAGUAUUAUUUUGCCGGCUUCCUAAGACUAACUAACUAGUAUUUUGCAGAGUAAGACAAACAAACUAAUAGUACAAUACAGCAAACGUGGAUUCAUAUUAAGAAGCAACGUGGAAAGGAGCGUCGUUCUUGUUUUGGAAGAAUAUUUUGACUGCAUGCAUUGAUAGCAUGCUGAGAGAAUGUAAACAGCGAGGAACUGUGCUUCCUGCUUGAGUGACAGGGGGCUGGAUUUGGUGUGCUGGAAGCACGCAGCCGCGGGAGGGGGAGAGAGGCAUUUUUCGUGAGAGGCUUUCUCAUUCCAGCAGCCAGGUGCAGGUGCAGCGGCAGGGCAGACACAUUUAUUACAGGAGUCAUGAGGAUAAUGUACUUUACUGUUUGACAAAUUAUUGCCCUUAUGAAAAAAUAUUGUGUCAGACUGCAGUACAACUGUAGUGUGUGUGUGUUUGUACAGAACGUGCCUGUGUGCACAUUUGCAUUGCUAUGAAAUAUUGAAGCAGUGCUUUUGCAGGGUUGGGGUUUCGGGGGAUGGGGAGGGAGUAGAAGAGUGUUUGGAUACACCUGCAAAUGGCAAACCUUAAAAAAGAAUGACAAUUCACCUCAGAAGGAAGCCAGAGGAGAAGAUAUUCCUCUUUCAAAAACCCUGAUUCAAAUCUGUUCUACAUUUGCUUUGCAGUCUGACUCAUCCAGAGUUGAAAAAUAAAGGCAGAAACUGGAACCAUCCUGCUCUCUGUUUCCUUUCAGCCAUAUCGCUGUAAAUAUUUCAGGCUGGUUUCAGCUUUGUCUUUUCCAGCAGCACAGAAUAAUACAUUGCAGUGUGUGUAUGUACAAUAAGAACCUGACAGUGGAAGAAAGGAUCUGCCCCAAGGGGCAAAUGGAGCCAACGCCCAGAGAGCCAUCAAAGAGGGCAGGGGGACGAAGGGAACAGAGCGUGGUUUUUGUUGUAGGGUAAUCCUUAAGUCAUGCUUAGCUGGUUUUCAUUGGCACAAUUUCUCAGUCUCACGUGGUGGGGAGUCAAAUGCUGCCCUGUGUGCCGCUCAAGUUUCCCCCUGCAGGGGGCACAUACAGUGAUUUGAAAAAAGUAUUUGAUCCCCUGCUGAUUUUGUACGUUUGCCCACUGACAAAGAAAUUAUCAGUCUAUAAUUUUAAUGGUAGGUUUAUUUGAACAGUGAGUGACAAAAUAACAACAAAAAAAUCCAGAAAAACGCAUGUCAAAAAUGUUAUAAAUUGAUUUGCAUUUUAAUGAGGGAAAUAAGUAUUUGACCCCAUCUCAAUCAGAAAGAUUUCUGGCUCCCAGGUGUCUUUUAUACAGGUAACGAGCUGAGAUUAGGAGCACACUCUUAAAGGGAGUGCUCCUAAGGAUGUCAGGGACAAGAUUGUAGACCUACACAAGGUUGGAAUGGGCUACAAGACCAUCGCCAAGCAGCUUGGUGAGAAGGUGACAACAGUUGGUGCGAACAAGUGUCAAUCUCCCUCGACCUGGGGCUCCAUGCAAGAUCUCACCUCGUGGAGUUGCAAUGAUCAUGAGAACAGUGAGGAAUCAGCCCAGAACUACACGGGAGGAUCUUGUCAAUGAUCUCAAGGCAGCUGGGACCAUAGUCAUCAAGAAAACAAUUGGUAACACACUACGCCGUGAAGGACUGAAAUCCUGUAGUGCCCGCAAGGUCCCCCUGCUCAAGAAAGCACAUAUACAGGUCCAUCUGAAGUUUGCCAAUGAACUUCUGAAUGAUUCAGAGGAGAACUGGGUGAAAGGGUUGUGGUCAGAUGAGACCAAAAUCGAGCUCUUUGGCAUCAACUCAACUCGCCGUGUUUGGAGGAGGAGGAAUGCUGCCUAUGACCCCAAGAACACCAUCCCCACCGUCAAACAUGGAGGUGGAAACAUUAUGCUUUGGGGGUGUUUUUCCGCUAAGGGGACAGGACAACUUCACCGCAUCAAAGGGACGAUGGACGGGGCCAUGUACCGUCAAAUCUUGGGUGAGAACCUCCUUCCCUCAGCCAGGGCAUUGAAAAUGGGUUGUGGAUGGGUAUUCCAGCAUGACAAUGACCCAAAACACACGGCCAAGGCAACAAAGGAGUGGCUCAAGAAGAAGCACAUUAAGGUCCUGGAGUGGCCUAGCCAGUCUCCAGACCUUAAUCCCAUAGAAAAUCUGUGGAGGGAGCUGAAGGUUCGAAUUGCCAAAAGUCAGGCUCGAAACCUUAAUGACUUGGAGAAGAUCUGCAAAGAGGAGUGGGACAAAAUCCCUCCUGAGAUGUGUGCAAACCUGGUGGCCAACUACAAGAAACGUCUGACCUCUGUGAUUGCAAACAAGGGUUUUGCCACCAAGUACUAAGUCAUAUUUUGCAGAGGGGUCAAAUACUUAUUUCCCUCCCUAAAAUGCAAAUCAAUUUAUAACAUUUUUGACAUGUGUUUUUCUGGAUUUUUUUGUUGUUAAUCUGUCUCUCACUGUUCAAAUAAAUAUACCAUUAAAAUUAUAGACUGAUCAUUUCUUUGUCAGUGGGCAAAUGUACAAAAUCAGCAGGGGAUCAAAUACUUUUUUCCCUCACUGUAUCUCUGAUAGGACAGGGCUCAACCAGAGACAAAGCACAUGUGGAGAAAAGGGCUGAGGUAGUCUUGAGAACCUUGGUAGUCAAGAAGCCUUUUGUUAAAUAAUUCAAGUUAUUCAUGGAUUCAGCUAAUAUCUGUUCUCUGAGAGAUUCACACUGAUGGACCAUUAGAUACACGAUGUGGUCAUGGGCCUUGUUGAAUCAUUCCAAAAUAGAAUUAUGAUAAUUUGUGUCAACUUCAUUCUUUGCUUCCUUGUGCUUUUGUGUUCUCUGGCUGUGUCUGGGGAAUAGCCUAGGCGCUGCAGCUGUUGCCAUAGCACCGUCCUAGCUCGACUAGCUGACAGGAAGGAAGUUCUUCCUCGUGUUGCGUUUCGUCUCUACACAAGGGUCAAGGUUGGAGCUGGAGCCCUCUCUUUGAGCAUGUCUCUUUUACACAUAUUCUGGUGACUGGAAAUAAUGGUUCCUCUUUUCUCAGCACAGCAAAUAGGGUUGACUAGGGAAAUGAGAAGGGUGGGAAGUUGAUACGCUAAAGACAUUGGUUUCUCAAGGCUGUCCACAACUACCUUCUCUGCACCUCAGUGAUGUACAGGGGACUGGCGCAAAUCUGAGAUACCGAAACAGAUUGAGAGAAAAAAAGUAUAUUUCAUAUAAUUUUCAAGACAUCAAUGUAGCAGUAGAACAAAUAUCACAAUAUCGGAAUAUAACUUCAAAUAAAAUAAAUCAAUGUAGGCUACAGCAGAACACACAUGAGGGUAUAUAGGCCUCCUGUCUAUGUGAUAAUAUGACGCACAUAUUCGUUUUUUGCUCAAAGCCAUGAGCGGGCCUGUGGCUGUGACGUUUAGCCUCCUUCUACGGCUGUUCUGAUGACUCUGGCUGUAGUCUUUUUAAUUUUUUAUUUUGACUGUUAACUAUAACCUGGGUGUCCUCUUUAGUCUUGUCUACAAGGCUUGCUGCCAUCAAAUGCGCCUUGGUUCGAGCAUGUUCAAAAACCUUUUUUUGUUUUUAAGUCUGAGGCAGAGGAUGUUACUGUACAUUCCACCCACUCUUUUGCUAGUUUAAUCCCUCCAGUCGUUUCUAGGCCCAAGCUCCCUACCUUUUUGCAUGUGGUACAGCCCAGCUUUGAAUUCUGCAUGACAAGCCAGGGGUCAUACGUUUGCUUGUUCUUGAACUGCAAAUUGCACCUGCUCCGAGCACUUCAUUGGUGGAUGGACUGCCCAUCUCCCCCCCAGCUCCCCGUCUCCCUCUCCUGCUGAGUCUGACUCGCUAGUAGGCCUACUAGCUAGUGGAGGUGCCAGUGUUGAUGCUGAACUGGUGGGAUUAGCAGCGCUGCUAGCUAAGGCAUCGCCAUCAGGGACAGUUUGCCCCUCACUCCUCUCCUCCGGCACUGACAGUUCUCUGGCUCAUUCUGGGUUUGAUUCACCAUCUCUCUCUGGAUCUUUGGACCUUAAAAAUGUAAUCAAACUCGAUUGCCUUUUCUUAUCCUUUUUUUAUUUGGCUUUCCCACGAUUCAAAUUCAGUAGGGACCUCUUCACUAGCUGACCACCACUACCAAGACCUGUGUCAAGAUCAGUUACUUACGCCACUGGCCCUCCCCAUAACCUCUAUGUACAAAUAAGCGAGCAGGUCUGGAAUCAGUGUGGCAGGAUAGGAUGAUUACACAGAAAGAUCACCACACUUUUACAUUAUGGUCUUUCUGAGGGGUGGGAGGGAGAACGAGGAGGCAACUUAAUUUUACGCUAAUCGCUUUUAUUAGAAUGUUUACAGUGUGUACAGUGAAACAAUUUAUAAGUCAUGCGACAAUUUAUAAGUCGCUCUGGAUAAGAGCGUCUACUAAAUGACGAAAAUGUAAAUGUAAUGCCACGAGAGGUACCGGAUUCGGGCAAAUAGGUGCCGGAACUAACAAAGUCAAAUAUGAGAGUUCUGGCAGGAUCCGGCUCAAAUAAAGCACUGGUAGUAAGUGACAGAGCUUUUGCAGCUUAAAUGUUCAUACUGUUAGUUACUUUUGCUUUGAGUAUUUCCCUCUAUCUCACUGGCAGUCCUUUCUCUCGCUCCCACAGACGUUUUAGCCAUACAGUGUGUGUUACCUAUAGAACCUAUGAAAACCAUAUUGUCCUUGCUUUCUGCCGGCCUUUCAUGAUUAUUUUACCUUUAGAGCAUGUAGCCCCACAGCCCCAGUCAUAAAACAGUUUCUCACCCACCACCCCCCGUUUCUUCUUGGGAUUCGGUGUGGAAAAUUGUAGGUUAAAUGGGGAUGCUGUUGGGUGCAGCACAUGAGUAAAUGCCCCUGUAUUCUGGCAUGUGAUGCAGCAGGAUUUUGUCUUGGGUCGUUUAUUCAGCCUAAAUAGCCUCGGCAUGGCAUUGCAGCUUUUGAAGCCUGCAUAUAACUAGAAUUCUAAACAAAUAUAGCCUGAAACAAAAAAUAUGAUAUUUACAAAAUAGUUAUUUUGAGUUUUAUAGCGUUAUUGUAUGUCAUCUUUUAUUUGGGAGACAAAUUAUUAUUUUUUUGUCACUACCAUUGAACCAAGAAAAUUCUAACUACUGGUAAAUCAUGUUUAGUUUUUUGCCUCAGCCUGGUUUCAGUACCUUGCCUUGUUUUUGAGCUAUUCUCUCUUCAGACCUGCACUAAAAGUUAGUCACACUGCCGGCCCAGGGCUUAUCUUUAGGCUAUGCAAAGCUCUGUGCCUUAAUGUAAUCAGCUGUCAAACUGUGCACAGGGGUCGACAUUAAUGGUUGUCUUCUUGUCCGGGACAAGUAAAAAACAAUUGUUGGACAAGAAGAAUAUAGAUUUAAGUUGUCCGAAUGGACAAGUAAAAAAAUAUCAAACAAAAAUCACAAUAUAAAACAAUUACUCCGACCAGAAUUGGAUCAGAGAAGCCAAAUCUAUUUUUCAUGUACAUAAAUAAAAAAGCCUACAUGUCAGUGUAGGUCAUAUGCAUAUUGUCCAAACCGUUGCUGACAUGAGGGAGGCGCUUGAAAAUGUAGGCAAACAUUGAGGUUUUUUAUUACAUAAAUAUAGGCUAAACGCCAGUCAUGUUUGACAAAUAUAAUGAAGGAUAAUUAAUAUUAAUGUCUAAAGGCUUGAUUCUGUCGACAUACUCGAGGCACAGUUCGUUCAGAUCAAAUGGUCACAAGACCGGAGAGUGAAGGACAGUGCCUGUUGCGCACUGCACAUCACCCACCUUGAAUCUGAGCGGAGGCAGUCAACAUUUUGAAACUAUUUAACCAUAAACUGAAUUGUUUAAACCCUGGACGUUUUAUGUCAUUUUAUGAAGCAUGUCUUACCUUGUUUCAAAGUAACCUAGCCUAGCCAAAAUACGACCAUAUAAAUGUUUAGGGUAUUAUUUUAUAAACACUUAAUAUGCCAUUUAUAUAUUAUAUUUGUUUUCAAAUCACUUAUUUUUUUUUGUCCAGCAGCCAAAGGCAUAAUCCAAGUCAUAUUAGUAACCCAUGCUAGUUGAUGCAUCUUUAGAUCUCCCAUCUUUCUUAAUUUCUGACGGAUAUUUUCAUCUCUGUCACAUGAAACCGCUUGAGCGUGUGGUGCGCUUUUGACAACAGUGUUUUGCCGCUAAUUGCAUUUUGGAACAUUCGUGCGUAGCCUACAGCCAUGUGCGCAUUGUUGAGUUUAUUAUAUAAAGAAAUACAACUUUAUAAUUUCAACUUAAACGGUCUGAUCUGUUGCAUCAACCUCAUUGCUUUUUUAUAAGGAAUUAUUUUAUAAAGACAUAAAAAGUAUUUGGUUGUAAUUGUAAUAUUGCAAUAUUUUAUAGGCUACCAAGGGUGGCCAACCGUCCUCCAGGAGAGCCUUAAAAGGGGCAGUGUUGUAUUUUGAGACAGGCUUGAAUAUGCAAAGAAGCCAAUAGGCAGAGUGUAGCCAACAUUUCUGUCUGAUUCUCUAUGGUAAAAAAAGAUGGUAAUGCAUUUAUUUUGUAAAUUGGUUCCUUGCAUCAUACAAUGGUGAUAAGCCCUGGAGCAGCAUUGUUGCUCUCUCUUUACAAAGGCAUUCCAUUCCAUAGACUGGUUGUUUCUGAUGCUGACAGGGCUCUUUCUCUGUCUGUGCUCAAGACUAACUGUGAGCUGAAGUGAUCUACAUCUGCUAAUCGGUUUACUGUUAAAAAAAAUAAUAAUAAAAAUAUAUAAAUAUAUAUUUUGACUUCUGAUUUGCACAACCUUUUGAACCUUUUUAGUGAAUGCAGGGUCUGUUAUUCCCAAACUAUCCACAUAUUAAAUACUGCCAUUGGCCUAUGUGGACGGUUUCAUUCCAACCAUCAGUCUCUAGUGUAGUCUGUAAACAAUCCAUAGACUGUUCCCCAUUACCCCUUGUUGUUUUCAGGUCUAAAGGAACAGGCUAGGUUCCUUUUUAACCCCUACUUCCCUGGAGCCUUUUCCAUCCUCCUCACUCUCAGGUUUCUGACCACUAUCUCCCACCUUCCCUCUAGGCCAGAGGACGCUGCAGCACAGUGGAGACGUUCUGGACACCAAGGUGGUGGGGAACCCAUCCCAUGAGUUGGUCUGCUCAGAGGUGAGACUUAAUUAGGCUACAUCUCUCACUGUGAAUGUCAGACCUUGGUGUUGAAGUCUUAAUUCAGUUUCAAGGUAGAUUGUGUGUAGUCUAAAUUCCUUUUAAAAUACUGGAAAAUAAACUAUGUUCAGAAUGACAACAGGAAUUUUACUAAGGUUUGCUCUGGUUUGCAUAACAAUUGCUUUGUCCUGAGAUGGAAAGGAUCCAAUUGCUCAGAUGACAUCUGCAUUACACACUGCCAUCACUUUACACGGUUCUUUGCCCUGCCAUCUGGCUCUCAUUUCAUACUGGAAAUCAUAUCCUGUCAUUGCUGUAAUGAAAUAUAACCUUCCUCAUUUGAACCAACAUAAUCUACUUUAGCCUGUGCUUGUCAGCUAAUGCUUGUGAUGCAUAAUGCACCGAUGAUAUUUCAGAAUGCAUUCAAUAUUAGGGGAAAUAAUCUAUUGUGUUCUCAUCUGUAUUCUGUAUGAGCAUAUCUGCUGGUAAAUUUAGGUAUUUUUUCAAUGUCAUGGCUGAACAACAUUUGCAGUAGGUGUAGUACUGUAAAGAGAAUAUGUCAACAGUAAUUCCUGAAAUAUUUUCUCUGGGAAAGGAUGGGGGGUUGAGGAAUUUUGAAUUUGAGAUUAUUUUUGCACCAGUAGCAGUAGAAUGUUUCCAUGGAGAGUUUGAGGGGCUGCCUUUUUAUCAUGACAAUGUUAGCAUAUAUGAUCUUUUUUAUUGAUCACUUAAAAACAUUUGUAUGUAGGCUAUACAUUGAAAUCAGCAUCUGGGUUGAUUGUGGCCUUUGGCACCAAAACAAAUUGUGUGGAGCAUUUUUAUAUCCGAUCUGGCUAGUAUGCAUGUAAUAUGGAUCGAAAUUAAGAAAGGUUUAUCUUGCCAAAACACAAUGCUAUGUUCCCUUUUUUAUCAUAUUAUAGACUGUAAACAUAAAAAAAACUUGAAUGAGGGGCCUUGUUUCUCUGUAUUUUCAGUGACACUAAACACCAUCUAAACUAUUGCCCUAUUUUGAAUUGUAUAGGCUACUAAAUGGAGCUUAAUUUUCAUGACUACUUUUCUUUCCAUUUCACUAGGUGCGCCGGCUUAUAUCUGAUGUGUCUCGCCACAAGUUGUUGGUUCUUGCUGGACAAUGUGUCGAAGAGGCAGGAGACCUGGUCCUACAAACAGGAUGUUUCUCUCUCAGUGACUUCAUUCAGAUAUUUGCUGAUGAGGAGGUGAGUUAAUAUUUUACUGUAAUAUACACUGAGUAUACCAGACAUUAGGAACACCUUCCUAAUAUUGAGUUGUACAUCCCUUUUACCUUAGAACAGCCUCAAUUUGUUGGGGCAUAGACUCUACAAUUUGUCGAAAGCGAUCCACAGGGAUGCUGGCCCAUGUUGACUCCAAUGCUUCCCACAGUUCUCAAGUUGGCUGGAUGUCCUUUGGGUGGUGGACCAUUCUUGAUACACGGGAAACUGUUGAGCUUGAAAAACCCAGCAGCCUUGCAGUUCUUGACACAACCGGUGCGCCUGGCUCUUACUACCAAACCCCAUUCAAAGGCACUUAAAUAUUUUGUCUUGCCCAUUCACUCUCUGAAUGGCACACAUACACAAUCCCUGUCUCAAUUGUCUCAAGGCUUAAAAAUCCUUCUUUAACCUGUCUCCUCCCCUUCAUCUACACUGAUUGAAGUGGUUUUAACAAGUGACAUCAAUAAGGGAUCAUAGCUUUCACCUGGAUUCAACUGGCCAGUUUGUCAUAGAAAUAGCAGGUGUUCUUAAUGAGCAGGUGUUCUUAAUGUUUUGUACAAUCAGUGUAUAUUCUAAGUUACAGAUUAAUCUAAAUUCAAAAGCAUUAUUAAUAAGCUGGUGAAGUGAUUUUACAUCAAACCGUUCUAUCUUUUUUAAUAGAUUGGAGAGUUAUUGAGCUCGGCAGACCCCACACAAAAAGCUAGCCUCACGUUGAGUUGUCCCAACUCUGGGGUGUGGAAGAACUCAGUGUUGGAGAAGCACAACCUACAAGACUUCAUUGACAUCAAAACAAACCCGCCAUCAGUGCUACCUGAAAUGGAAGGUCUGCAGGAGUUCACAGAAUACCUCUCAGAGUCCCUGGAGCCACAGUCUUCUUUUGAGCUGCUGGAGCCCCCCAGUACUGUGGGCUUCCUAAAACUCUCCCGCCCCUGCUGCUAUGUAUUUCCAGGUGGGAGAGGAGACUCCGCCUUCUUUGCUGUUAACGGUUUCAACAUCCUGGUCAACGGUGGGUCCAAUCCACGCUCCUGUUUCUGGAAACUGGUUAGACAUCUGGACAGAGUAGACUCCCUACUCCUCACCCACAUCGGUACUGACAAUCUUCCAGGGGUGAACAGUCUUCUCCAAAGGAAAGCGGUAGAACUGGAGGAUGAACAGUCUGCCGACUCUCAGAUCAAUGAGGACUGGAUGAAAAAUCUAAUUUCCCCUGAGAUUGGGAUCGUUUUCCUUAAUGCUCCAGAGAGAUUGAAGUCAUUCCAGGGUGAUCCCGAAGAACUGCGGAGCUGCGAUCAGGUGGCACUCACGUUGCAGCACCUUGAAAGGCUAACAAUCAAUCCAGAGCCUCUUAGUCGCUCAAAUGGACCCACCAUUGAGCCUGUUAUACUUUUCCAGAAGAUGGGAGUCGGUCGUCUAGAGCUGUACGUUCUUAACCCAGUCAAAGGCAGUAAAGAGCUUGAGGCUUUGAUGAAGACCUGGCCCGGCAAAGGAUCCAACAUGAAAGGCUCAGAGAUACCCCUGCCUUGCCUCGUCUCCAUCUGUGCUCUACUGGUGUGGCAUCCUGCCAGUCCUCAAGAGAAGAUCAUUCGAGUUCUCUUCCCUGGGUGUACUCCGCAGGCUAAGAUUCUUGAAGGACUUGACAAAGUAAAGCAUCUAGAAUUCCUGAAACACCCCGCCGUGAGCCUCAGGGACCUUGAAGCAUCCAAAUCAGAUAAACAACCAAAACGUGCAGAGAGUCGGGAGAGCCUUAAGUCCCUGCUCAAGGAUUCAAGACCUAGCAGUGCCUUGCUGAAGGACAAACUUGGACGUGGGGACGUUAAGAAACAAGACGUGAAGACCAAGCCCAAGGGCCCAAGUGACAUUACUCCUAAAGAAAAGAAGGAAGGGGAAGAGAAGUCAAAAUUGAAGGAUGGGGAUGCUAAACAAAGACCUCCAAAACCUGAAAAGCUUAUGACAAAGAAAGAACCUUUAAAGGAUGAGAAAAAAGAAGGUAAAAAGAGGGAUGAGAGAGCCUCUGCAGGUGUUGCCAAAAAGGAUGAGAUUGUGGAGAAAAAGAAAGAACCAAUUAAGAAAGAACCUCUUGGUCUAAAACCAAAGAAAGAUGUCAAACAUGAUCCAAAGAAAGAGAUCAAGAAGGAGGUAAAGCCAGAGGAGAAGAAACCAACAAAACCUCUCAGCAAGGAUGUCAAAAAAGUGACAACUGGACCUUCAUUAGGAAACACAGAGGCAAAAAAGCCCUUAGGCAAGAAUGGAACUUUGAAGAAGGAUGCAAUCCCCAAGAAAGACUCAUUGAACAAGGGGGCAAAGUCAAAGACGGGUAAAAUGCCGGAGAAUCAAAAAGCUUUGGCCUCUGAAGGGGACGCUGAUCGUUCCAAGAUGUCAACGCCUGAAGACAUGACAGCGGAAUUUGAGAAGCUUAGAGCAGAAAAUGGAGAGUCAGAGAAAAAGACUGCUGUUGUAGUGAGCACUAUAGGUAACAAUGAAGGAAUGGUGCAACCUGCAACAGAGAAUAGAUCAAGAGAAAAGGCAGAGAAGAGGGACAUGUUGGAAAGUCCAGAAAAGUUCCGCUGCAUGGAGACACUCCCAAAUCCAGAGAAGGCCCUGGGAACCACUUCACCUCUUGCAAAAACUCCUAAAAGUGACCGCAGUGUGUACUUUGAUCUCACACCAACUGAAUACAGGCUUCUUGAUGGGGCCCUGAGAAAUGGACAAGAAGAUGCAUGUGCCAGCUCAGAUGAGAAGACUUUAGAGUUGGUCUCCCCUGCUGACUCAGCCCCUAAUAGCGCUGGGCAUACCCCUUUCCACCAAUCACCUGAAGAGGAUGCUCAGGGCUCUGGUGAGGACAGUAGUCUCGGGGGAAGGGUGCCUAGCCUUGGGUUUGAAGACUGCCACGUCAUGGGUUCUUGCAGGAACUCUGAGGUAGGCUCCUUGAGGGGGAACCUAGAAAACUCUACAUCAUCACAGGACAAGCAAUCCAGCCUUUUGACACUGAGUCCCUUUAUGCUGCCUGACUCUGUUUCCGCCAAUAUUACCUCUAUGCCUGCUGAAAUCGGUUCCCCACACUCGACAGAAGUUGAUGAGUCUCUUUCCGUGUCUUUUGAACAGGUGCUCCCAUCGAUUGAUGAGUCACCCAAGGGAGACCAUAUGGACAGGUCCUACUCGAAUGGGCAUUUUGCUGAUCCUGACCCCAAAAUGGGGAUGUCCUUACCUUUGAGGACAUGUCAUAACAUGCGUCCACCAGGGGACGGCUCAGAGGAACGCCUUACUGGACUUCAGGGUCUUCUCCCUGACGUUCCCCAUGACGUCGACCUCUGCCUGGUCUCACCCUGUGAAUUCAAGCACCCAAAGUCCCCAGAGAACCAACAACAGCAUCUGUCUCCGGGGCUAGCCACAGGUAGCCCGCGAGAGCUCUCAGGAAACAGCGACCACUCCCAGGAGCUAGCUAAGCCACAAAGCGUCAUUAAUAGUGAUCGACAUUCGCCACAAGGCCAGGAGACUCCACCCACAUCUGCUAGUGAGUCCCUCAACACAGCCACAGAUUCAGACAUACCCCCAGGGACUGAAGACUGCCCCUCCAUCACUGCAGAAAUGGACUCUGAUGAGGAUUCUGGGAGUUUCCCACCCCACCAUCCACACGACCAUCCCAGCUCUCACUCCUCCAACAGAGGAGCUCAACAUUCCUCUCAGGACCCUCCCCCAGCCCCAAUGAAGGACCUGCCCCCCUUGCCGCCCCAGCCCGGUGCCUGCAUGGCUGACCCCGAGGCUGAUGCUCCAAGCAAGACCUCAAAGAGCGCCGCCGCAAAAACCAAGAAACCAGCCGGUGUCACACAGAGGAUAACGUCAGCCACCAGUACAGCUCUGAACAGCAAGACCAAGACUGGCAGCACAACUGGUACAUUGAAGACCACCUCAAGUCUUGACACAAGGCCUUCAUCCCGCAAUACCACUAAUGGCUCCAGACCUGGGACUGCAAGGUCAACUUCAUCAGGUAGGCACAGACAGUGUUUUACACUUAGAACGAUGACGUUUGAUCAUCUUUUAUUACUUGGUUUCUAAAAUUAUUUUACAAUGCAUUAGGAACACCUUUCCAGAUACUGAGUUGCCCUCCCCCCCCCCUUUUGCCCUCAGAACAGCCUCAAUGAAUCAGGGCAUGGACUCUACAAGGUGUCGAAAGCGUUCCACAGGGAUGCUGGCCCAUGUUGUCUCCAAUGCUUCCCACAGUUGUGUCAAGUUGGUUGGAUGACCAAUCCAUGUCUCUCAAGGCUUAAAAAUCCAUCUUUAACCUGUCUCCUCCCCUUCAUCUACACUGAUUUGAAGUGGAUUUAACAAGUGACAUCAAUAAGGGAUCAUAGCUUUCACCUGGUCAGUCUGUCAUGGAAAGAGCAGGUGUUCCUAAUGUUUUGUACACUCUGUGUACAUUGUCUUCUUAUGCCUAACUCUGCUUUGUGUCCUGCAGGUUCUGUGGGCAGUAAGGCCUGUGCAGCUGGAGGGGCCCCAGUUUACUUGGACCUGGCUUAUCUCCCAUCUGGUUGUGCCUCUACCACCAUUGACGUGGAGUUCUUCCGACGUCUGCGCUCCUCCUGCUACAUCGUCAGUGGUAACGAGCCCCUGAAGGAGUCUGUCAUGAGACCCAUUCUUGACGCCCUACUGGAGGGGAAGACCGCCUGGCCCGAUGUGCAGGUCACUUUCUCCCCCUCUCUCCACUUAUUUCUCUUUUUCCGUAUUUGUAGUAAGUCAACAAAAAAAGUAUGUCUAUGUACUCAUGCUCUCAUUUUGAUUUGCCCUUCUACCUUUCCACUCUCAGGUGACCCUGAUCCCCACUUUUGACUCACUGACGAUGCACGAGUGGUACCAGGAGACCCACGAGAGGCAGGGGGAGCUGUGCAUCACCGUGCUGGGCAGCAACAGCACUGUGGCCAUGCAGGAGGAGACCUUCCCUGCCUGUAAAGUGGAGUUCUGAGAGAGCGAGAGAGAGAGAG